AUGGAUGCAACUGUGAUGAUUUAUCUGUAAAAUGGUAUUUGCUUCCCUCAACCUACAAAUAAAUCACUAAAUGAAUCAUUCCCAGCACCAUCAAUUUCCUUUAUUCAGUUUUGCUUUUAUCUUUAGUUGUGCAUUUAAAUUGUUUAUUUUCUUGGAUUUGCAUACAUUGUUUUCCUUUUAUGUUUCUUUCUGCACAUUUUAUUUUAGUUUAAAUUUUAGUUUACGGUAUGUUAUUUUUUUAUUAUUUAUUUCCUUCAUUUUUUUUUGUUUUUUUUUGUUUAACAUUCCAUCCCCAUCCACCAUUUUUUCCUGACAGUGAUAUACCCAAGGAUCUUUGUCCUCUGUACAGGCCUGGGGAAUGGGAGGACCUGUCAUCUGAAAAAGACAUCAAUCCAUUCAGCAAAUUCAAAUCUCUCAAUAAGGAAAAGAAGCAAUAUGGAGUUAUUGAAGCUGAUAAUGUAAAAAAGAGAACUACAUCAUGCACUGCUGAAAAUCACUACGUGGUAAAUGAAUCCAAACAUCCUAAAAAUAAGAUACCUGUUGACUUGUCUACAGUACAUUUAAAUCCCGUUAAUCAAUUUACACUACAACCUGAACAGGCUUCUGAAAUUACUAGUAGCUCUAAAACUGAGAAGGCUGAGUCUUGUGCUGAAGAUGAUUUUCUUGAGUUAGUAGACCCAUUAGAAGAACAGAAGGUAAUGAUAUUGAAUAAUGAAGAAUACAACACAUCCACCCCUACUGUUCAUGGAUCUUCUGAUAGUGUAAUUGUUGAAGUAAUUGGCCCCAAAGAACAGGCGUCUGUUUCCACUGGCACAUUAAAUGAAGAUAAAGUUAUAAGGGAAAUAAACUCAUGUUUUAAAAUUCAUCAAGUCUCCAGUGAAACCAAAAAUAUAGAAGUUUGCCUCCAGCCCACAGAAGAAAACAGACCUGAGUCUAAAGAACUUUUAAUGCCUGUUCCUGGAAUAAAAGAAGCAGAGAUCAACAGACCCCUUAGUUCAGAACAUGGAGAGAUUAACGUGUACAGUAAACCAAAUGAAAAAACUCAUAAGGAUAAUGCUAAUGUUGAUGAGUCACCAGAUUCCUUGUCUCCUUGUUCUCCUGAAGAAUCCAGCCCUAAAGACGCACAAAUAGAUAGUGAAUCUGAACUAAAACUCUGGUUGCUUAAAAGAAUGCAAGGGCCAAUAGAAGGUAUGCAUUUCUUUUUCCAUUUAUAUGAAGCAUUUUACUCUAUCUGCUUUCCUAUUUAUGUGUUGCAAAUUUCCAAUUAUUUUUCUUGACUUCUUCUAAUGUUGAAUGCAUGAACUAGAAACUUGCUAGAAAGAUCUUACCCCAAAUAAAUUGUCACUUUAAAAGUAAUCACUCACUUUAAUAGCUAACUCUCCUCCCCCUUUUGGGGAAAAAAAGUGUUUAUUAAUUUGUAACCGUCUUUUAAAUUAUAUUCAAGGUCAUCUGGAUGCAACUUGGAAUUUAUGUUAAAUAAAUUCUCGAGAUUCUUUGUGCUAGAUGUUAUAGUGAAAGAAUGCAAAACUUCCACUAGGAGUAGAUUUCGGUAAUACUUAAAUAUGCUGCAUUUCUGUGGAGCUCCAUAAUACACACAAAUGUACUGCACAUUACUGUGAGGCUGCAUAAUACUCUCUGUACUGCACAUUACUGCAGAGCUGUAUAAUAUUCUGUACUGCACAUUACUGCAGAGCUGUGUAAUACUCUCUGUACUGCACAUUACUGAAGAGCUGUAUAAUACUCUGUACUGCACAUUACGGCAGAGCUGUGUAAUACUCUCUGUACUGCACAUUACGGCAGAGCUGUGUAAUACUCUCUGUACUGCACAUUACUACAGAGCUGUGUAAUACUCUAAUGUACAUUACUGUGUUGCUGUAAAAUACACUCUGUACUACACAUAAUUGCAAAUCUGUAAUAUACUUAUACAAACUGCAUAUUACACCACUUCACUAACAUUUACAAACCAGUUAACCAUUUACAUCUCCUUUGCCGCCUUCAUUUACACAGCAUAUGUCAAGCAUAUCCUCACAUUUAAAGGAACACUAUAGUCCCCUAACUUACUUUAGCUAAAUAAAGCAGUUUUAGUGCAUAGAUCAUUCCCCCUGCAAUUUCACUGCCAUUUAGGAGUUAAAUCACUUUGUUUCACUUUCAAACAGAUGUAAUUUACCUUACAUAAUUGUAUCUCAAUCUCUAAAUUGAACUUUAAUCACAUACAGGAGGCUCUUGCAGGGUCUAGCAAGCUAUUGACAUAGCAGGGGAUGAGAAAAUCGUAAUUAAACAGAACUUGCAAUAAAGAAAGCCUAAAUAGAGCUAUCUUUACAGGAAGUGUUUAUGGAAGGCUGUGCAGGUCAAGUGCAGGGAGGUGUGACUAGGGUUCAUAAACAAAGGGAUUUAACUCCUAAAUGAGGAUUGAGCAGUGAGGCUGCAGGGGUAUGUUCUAUACACCAAAACUGCUUCAUUAAGCUAAAGUUGUUCAGGUGACUAUAGUGUCCCUUUAAAUUCCAACAUCCUUUGUUGAAUAUCCUUCUCCACAGUAUUCACAUUACAACACUAAAGGAUUACUCCAAGCUCUGUGACCACUUCAGUGAUUUGAAGUGGUCAUGGAGCUAUGUGUGGGUAUUUAAAAUGCUGUUUCGCUUUGGAAAGUUUAGAAUUUAACCAAAUAAUUGCAUUCAUUGGCUGACAGUGGUCAGUUGAUGCAUUCAGCCCUAUUAUAAUAAUGGUGCCUGGGUACUCCAGGUAUCAUAACUACUACAGCAGACUGUUAUGGUGCUUGGGAUAAACCCUUAGCCUGCCAACUAACCCUUCCUUCCCCAGUUUGUAUACACACAGUAAAUACUUAUCCAGUUACAAUCCUCUUCUGCUGCCAAAUAACUACUUCCUUCCUCAAAGUAGAUCUUUAAAUGGCCCUGCAAUAAACCUUCUCCUUUCCUACUCUAGAUAUCAAUAUUGACCCAGUAUUAACCCUGUCACUGCUAACCCAGAGCCAGUCAUUUCCCUGUCAUGAACACCUUUCACAAAUUGGAUAUCUACAAAGCUACUAAUUAGAUCCAUGUAAAGAGUCCCCACUCAUACUCCUACUAUAUCUGAAUGCAGACAGAUUCACAGAUCCACCAUUUUAAUUCACCAAGUGGUGGAGUAAAAGAAGGUUAAGGGGAGGGGCUGUGCUAAAGGUUGUAAAGAGUUCUAUUACACACAGGCAAUGUUUCUGAAAUACUGUAGCACGGAGGCCAGAAGAAUUUAAAAUCUCAUGAAAGUUAAUCAGCCUUUUAAGUGGUGUAACCCUGAAGUUAUGUCCCUGGGUGCUCAUCCACAUUGCCACCUCUGUCUUCCUCCUGGCCACUGCACAUGAGAAAACAUUGGCUUGGUUGCUGGUGUUAGCCUGAAAGUCAUCUGAUGCUCUCUGACGAUCACUGGCCACCCUUUGUGAGUACAAAUAUUUACAGUUACUUGCGGUGUGCUGCCAGCUGACUCUUUUUUGUCUUAUGACCAGUGCCCAAGCCAACCCAUACAGUGGCCGCAAGGAGGAGAUGGGAAGCAGAGUAGAUAGGUGCCUGGGACACAGCCUUUGAGUUAAACCAUUCAAAAUGGUAAGAAGAUGCCCAGAGACUAAAGCCCCCAUAAAGACUUAAUUGUGGUGUGUUAAAAAUAAAUACAUGUAUUAAUAAUGUUGAAAGUCUCCAGUGACCUGCAUACCCAUACCCUGCCCAAAAAAAAAAAAAAAAAAAAGGAGUAAUCCAGUGGCGAGAAGGUAUUUUACUAAAGCGCACUCUGCAGCUUCUCUGUACUGGUGAUCUCCUGGCCGAUAGAAUGCAUUAUGAGGCACGGCAAUCACAGUGCUGUAUUAGAAAAGCAUUGCCUUCUGCUUUUUGUCUGGGCAUGAAGUGAUAAAGUAUUUUUCCUGCCUGAGGGUGUUGGGAGGUUGCAAAUUAGCACCUUCAUAAUUUGGAGCAUCUUGAGUCUUCUUAUUUCUUUGGUGUAUGAUUCCCUGUAAUGUCACAUACAUUUAACCCCUUAAGGACACAUGACAUGUGUGACAUGUCAUGAUUCCCUUUUAUUCCAGAAGUUUGGUCUUUAAGGGGUUAAAUUGAUUACCUUUGUACAAACCAAGUUAUCAUGCCACCACUAGGAUUACCGGUAUGUCUGCUUAGUACAUCAAUUUUCCUGAGUACAAGAGACUUUUCCUUUUUUUUUUUUUCUGGUUUGACGUCUAUUGAACUGUGCCUUGUAGGAAAGCUUCAGAUUCCAUCCACAUGUUUUCCCUAGUUGUUGUUUUUUUUUUUGUUUUCCUUCACAUUUGUUUCUCUUUAAACAGAUAUGCUGCCAUCCAAAGAGGAAAAGAGCAAGAUACCUCCGAUGUUUUUAUGCAUCAGGGUUGGCAAGCCAAUGAGAAAGUCCUUUGCCACACAAAGUGCAGCAAUGGUGCAACAAUAUGCUCAUAAAAGAAAGCAGCCUGAAUAUUGGUUUGCUGUCCCCCAGGAAAGGUUAGUUGCAUUUAUUAAACAGAAGUUUUUAAUGGCUCUGAUUGGUUUUUAUUUUCCCCAAUAUGCAGUGGUGAUAUAUUCUACCCUUCUUUGUGUCUUGUCUCUUGCAUCUUGCUCUCCUAGAACGCAGGUCAUCACAUAACAAGCUGAUUGGGGCUCUGUUUAUCUUAGAGUAGUAUGAGCUGCCUCAUUAGGACGACUAAACUUACCUAUUUUGAAUAAGGUUGCCAGUUAAAUCUACAAUUGUUUACUAUUUAAAUGAUCUUGCCCAGAAGUAAAUUUUAUAAUGUGGUGAUCCUCAUCAUCCUAUAAAACAGAGGGUUAUAAACCCACUAUGGAUAGAGAGUAUGCCCCCCAUUUUCCAACUAUAGAGCUUUGCAGAUAGGUGAGUACCAUAAAAAUGACAAUUUCCUACUUAAAGGGUUACUCAAAAUCAUGCGAGUGCUGAUGUGUGCAUAGUAAAUCCUCUUUUUCUUCCAGUCAAGUAGCUGGGUGUUCUGUGCAUUUGGUUAUAGGGAACCUAUAAUUAUGAAAAUAACAAUUAGUUAUUUUGUCACUAUAGGUUCCCUUCUGACCACCCUCUUUGCUAGCAAAAAUCAAAGUUUAAAAGCGAUAAUUCACCUUGGUUUUAGUGCCGGGGCUCUCCUGCUGCAGCCUCCAGCACUGCCUUUGGUGUUGGCAAGCAUGCUGACAUCACUUGCAAUCAUGUCCAUUGCUUGGAUUGGAGAAAGCAUGCACGGUAAUGCGCCACGCUCCCCUAAUUAAACUCUGCUAUCAGGAAGUGCCUCUAAUGUCUGAAGACCACCACUAGAGGUGGCUUUAACUCUGCAAUAUAAACUUUUUUUUUUUUUUUUUUUUUAUAACUGCAAGGAUUUACAUUGCUGGGUUAAAAGUAAAGCACUACUCCAUCCAGACCACUUCAUUUAGAUUAAGUGGUCUUGGUGACUAUAGUGUUCCUUUAAAAAGAUAAAACAGGGAUGUGACCAACCCUUUUUAUUGCAUUAUAUGCUGAAAACAAUCCCAUAGAAGUUAAUUGGGGGGUCAAUAUGACCACAGGGAGCCUGGGAGGGCUUGAACCCUGAAUGUGGCGUCCUAUAGCUGCACAUCUUUUUUGAGUCUUGAUCAGCCGCCAUGUCCUUUCCUUAACCCCUUAAGGACCAAACUUCUGGAAUAAAAGGGAAUCAUGACAUGUCACACAUGUCAUGUGUCCUUAAGGGGUUAAAGCCGCACUCUGGGGCCAUUACAAAUUCCACUUCUUAACACACCUCUUGGCUCACACACUUACAGACAGGCACAUACAAGAACACAAGGCAUUUCUACACAAUGAAAAAAAUUCUGUUCUUUGCCAGUAACUGUUUAGGUAAAGACCGUGGUUGCGAAACUGAUUAAGGCUCAGCAUGACUCAGUGAGUAGUACAAACUGGGAAUAGGAUAGUUUCAUAUUCCUCCUUCCGCUCUUCUGGGGUAAUUUUAAAUCCUCUGCUGCCAAACAGCAUCAAAAGCAACAUAGGCCCAGAAAAUUAAUUUGUAAGAUUUCAAUGAAUGAAGACUGCAAGUCCUAUUUGGUCUUGUAACUUUCAAAACCCCCACCAAAACUGUACAUGGGGCCAUCAUUGUAUUCAUGGGACAUCAUAGACAUACAUGUUUUAUUGCAGUAAAAAGCAAACAGUAUUAUGAGUUACUAUUCACAGUUAAAAUGCCAUGCAGAAAUUGAGUAAACUAAAUUUCUUAAUGUCUCAUUUAUUGAAAUUUAAUUCAUAUUAAGUUAUAUUUGAUGUGAAAUGAAUCCCAAUUUGUCCUGAACAAUAUGAUAUAGAAUAUGUAGGUGCACUUAAUAUUAAAGAGGUAAAUUACGGUUGAACAAAUUUAUAGCUCAAAUUUUAGGUUUUGUUUUUGUUCAGAAGUUGUACAAUUGCCUCUGUCCUUAAGGUGUUAAUAUUACUUACCUUACUACUGCAUUCAGUGGGCCCAGGAUUCUGACUCUUUCCUACUAAUGACAGCAGGCAAUGUCAAUACUGAUUUACAUGGAAGCCUUUCAUAUAAAAGGGAGGAUAUGUUUGGCUGUGAGAAGUGAUUGGUGAGGUGAGAGGCAUUAUGGAAGCUCUUGUAGUGUCAGGGAUGGGUCCCGGAGGCCGUUGUGGGUGCUUCUCUGGACAUUCUAGCUCACCCGCUAGGUCUGGUGACCUGGGCAUGGCCUGUUGUGGCUAUGAGAGGUUCAGAGUCCAGCUAUUGCAGCUCUUUGCUAUUUGCCAAGGGGUACCGCGGCGAAGCCUUGCAACAUUUUCAGUGGACAUUUUCUUUCUUUUCCCUUUUUUCCUCCCUUAUCAUAAGAUUUUAUCUAAAGACUGGUUAUUGGCUGAUAUGAGCUCACUUAACCUACUGCUAUACCUAAUGUGAGGCCAUCUUGAAUGUCCGAAGUUGCAUAUCACUCUGUUUUUCUCUUCCUUCCUUUUUUUUUUUUUUUGGGGAUUUCCCUUUUAUGUUUCUCUUUGGUUUUUCUUGGUUUCUUCUGCUUUAUACUUUCAAGUGGGCUACUCUCCAUUGUUCUGACGUUUUGUUUUCUUCCACAAGUUGUUUAAAGGAACACUAUAGCGUCAAGAAUACAAAACUCGAUUCCCAACCUUAUAGUAUCCCUCUGCUCUAUAGUAGGAGUAUAAGCUAUUGUCCAGACCCACAAGCUCCAUCUCUGCCUCCUCUGACCAAAGCCAACCUAAAGGACAUGAUUUACUGCAUAGAUUUUGAAUAUGCUUAAUGUCCUAAUGCAAAAUGUGAGAACGCCCAUCGUUAAUUCACAGAAUUAAACUUCGUGAAACUUCAGGAAGUACCUGGUAGACUGCUGCUAGAUACAGUUUUAGUACUGCCUUGUAAACACUGCAGUUUCUGUAAAACUACAGUGUUUUAAAUUGCAGGACUAAGAGGAAAGGAACAGUGCACUCAGAUUACUUCAAUGGUCUGGGAAGAUGAAGUGGUCUGGGUGCCUAUAGUGUCCCUUUAAGGGAAGCAAUGCCUCCUUAUUUUUUAGCAUAUAGUCAUGUCACAGGUUCUACAGGACAUGGUAUCUUUGCCUCAGAUGACUAUUUACCAAGUUGUCUUUGAUGCCAGAUGAAAACCAAAAUGCUAAAUAUGUUAAAUUUGUGCUCUUAUCAUACUGGGUGAAAUUUGCUUGCCAUUUGGUGGGGUCCUGCUUUAGCUGAGUGUACAGCUUUUUUUUGCGUUGAGUUCUGUGACAUGUAGGUAUACAGUUUGAGUACCGAUAUCAGUUAUCAUAUCUUUAAGAUAAUGCUUUCAUGCUAUUUAUUCUAUUGUAUGGUUUCCUCACCUAUAGACUCUUUACAGCCAUUGUCUAAUAUAAUAUUUAAUGAUAAAAUGAUUGGGAGGUUUUCAGUCUACCAGUUUGAGAUUAAAAAAAAAAGUAUUACUACUUAUGUAGCCUAAUAAAAUACUAUUGAAUACAAUAACCCUAGGGGGAAAUGCUAUUGUCACCCACAGCCCACCACCAAUUGGCAUCAGUUUGGCCAAUCAAUAAGGAUGUUGCUGAGGCUGAUAGGGUUUGGAGCACCAAGCAGCAUCUUGAAAAGUAUUGGGUCUAAUUUUGGCAAGAUUUCAUUGUUUGCCCCAAAUUGCCUGUAAUUUUGAGAGGGAGGGAAAUAACAUUAUAGCGGUGCUGCUUUUAGGGACCAUGUGUAGAGUUAAUUAUGCAGCACAGUGUGGGGUUAUUGCUGUCAGUAAAGGUGUGUUUUUUGUUGUUGUUUUUUUUGUGCGGAUAAGUACAACAGUGCCAGUAUUGCCACAACAGCAUUAACAAGCGCAUUCAUUGUAAACCUAUUAUAACAUAGGUAUGGCAUGUGUAAACUUAGCACUUUGUGGUAUUUUGUAAUUCAAGAUAUAGCAUAGUGUUUAUAACAAUAAACAGUUUGCGUAUUCCACAUCUGUUUGGAGUAAAAAUGCAUGUUCGGUGUGAGAGUAAGGGUUUGUGCGUGAGCAAAUGCUUGUAAGAUAAGACUUUCUCUCAGAGCAGAGAGGCGUGUGAGUAAACUUGUGAUGCGUGAGUGUGAGGUAUGCCAUGCAUAGGUACGAAUGGCAUUUAUUCAAUUAACUGCGAGUGAUCUCUGUGAGGCUCUUCAGGCAUGGCUGGUGCUGGCCUCUCGCGAGUGUAUAAUUAGUGGAGGUUGUUGCUUCCCUUUGCUUGACCACCCAUGGUGGGCUCUGUGGCAGGUCAGGGGGUGAGGGGGACGAGGGUUUAGGUUCAGAUGCUUGGCUUGUAGCGGCAGCAGGAGAGCGGAUGUCUCUCCCGCACCUGCCAUGCUUGUAGGCUGCAUAAGAGUUUCGGGUGAAUGCUGCUUGGAAUGUCGCUUGGGAGUUGUCAUCUUGUUUACCUCACGAUAUAUAAAAAAGUUGUAAGGAACAAAGUAUAAUAUAGGUGCUACUAUCACCUAGUGUGAACCACUCCAACACACCAGAUAUCAAUAAAGUGCAAAAUAUAAAAUGGUGGUGAGAGCACUCAAAACAUGCAUGUACGAUAUAUUACCAAAACUUGAUUUAGUUGGAAUAUCUACAAAACAUAAAGCACAGAAACAUAGUAUAAUAUUGUUAAAAUAUAUACAAGUAAUAUUUUGUGACUGGUUAAACUCACAUAUUACUGAGUCACUUUAAAAGCUGACUCAGACUUAGGGCUUGUAACGAGAUGAGAAAUCUCAAUUUUUGGACGUCCUGUAUCAAACUUGAUAGAUCCGCGCUGGAAAUGUUCUCCAAAAUCACUCCAGGAUGCAGAAUCAAAUCCAAACUGAUUUUAUUAUUAAAAUACUACAUAAAAUUAAAAAUAGUAAUAAAUACAGGUAAAGUGUCCUUCAUAUGUACCACGACGCGUUUCGGCACUCACAGCCUUUCUCAAGUGGUCUGUUUCUCAUCUCAGAUCUCUUCUUUUUAUAUUUUCAAAUUCCAGCGCCCUUUCCCUGGCGUCCCGUAUGACUUCCGCUUUCGUCAUUAUUCGGCGACUUCCGGUUACGUUCCGUAAUGACGUUACCGUUUACGUCAUCAUUCUUUGCCCAAAACGGCUACGUCAUGACGUCUUCCCGGCGCCGAAACCGGAAGUGUUCUCGGCGCCAUUUUAGAAAGUCUCUUAUCAUAGAAGUUGCCAGUCUCUUAGCAAUUACGACUUUUAACAUUCAUAUACAUUUAAUAUAUUCGUCUAUAAAGGAGGAGAGCCCAAAUAAACACAUAAUCAAUAAAAUUCAUAAAAUCAUCAUAAAAAAGGAGGUACUAUUCACCUAUUAAAGGGGAAGGAAGAAUAGGUCAUUAGAAAAAAACUUUAUAACAGGGUAAAAGCAUUCCUUAUAUAUAAAUUAUAUGAAAUACUGCUAAAAAACCAAAAAUUAAAAAAGUAGCAUAUAAAACUAUAUACAUGAAUUAAAGGACCACUCUAGGCACCCAGACCACUUCAGCUUAAUGAAGUGGUCUGGGUGCCAGGUCCAGCUAGGGUUAACCCAUUUUUUCAUAAUUAUAGCAGUUUCAGAGAAACUGCUAUAAUUAUGAAUGGGUUAAGCCUUCCCCUAAUCCUCUAGUGGCUGUCUCAUUGACAGCCACUAGAGGCGCUUGCGUGCUUCUCACUGUGAUUUUCACAGUGAGAGCACGCCAGCGUCCAUAGGAAAGCAUUAUGAAUGCUUUCCUAUGUGACCGGCUGACUGCGCGCGCAGCUCUUGCUGCGCGUGCGCAUUCAGCCGGCGGGGCGGAUCGGAGGCGGAGAGGAGGAGGAGAGCUCUCCGCCCAGCGCUGGAAAAAGGUAAGUUUUUACCCUUUUCCCCUUUCCAGAGCCGGGCGGGAGGGGGUCCCGGAGGGUGGGGGCACCCUCAGGGCACUAUAGUGCCAGGAAAACAAGUAUGUUUUCCUGGCACUAUAGUGGUCCUUUAAUCUCAAAAUCAAUAUUAAGACCAUAAGGGGACAAUGAUUCCAUAUUAAAAAUCCACUUCAUCUCAUUUUUACUAAGGAGGCUUUCUAUAUCACCUCCUCUCCAAUGGGUUUUUACGGCCUCUAUGCCUAUGAAUUCGAAACCACUAAUAUUUCCUCCAUGUACUUCUAAAAAAUGUUUAGAGACAUUGUGUAGGGUAAAUUUCCUAUUUAUAUUAUAAAUAUGUUCCCUAAUCCUUAUCUUCAAUGUCCUAGAUGUCUUCCCAAUAUACUGUAAUCCACAGGGACAGACUAUCAUGUAAAUUACAUGUAAAUUACAUUCUUUGAGUUACAUGUUACAAAAGAUUUUAUUUCAUGUGUUUUUUUAUUCUGAAAAGAGAUAAAGUUGGUAACCUUUUUAUGUUUAUUUUUCCUUAAAAUACAGCCUCUACACGUUCCACAAUAAUAAAAACCAUUUUCUUUCUUAAACAUUGAUGUAAUUUGGGAGCUUCUUUCUUUGUCUUAAAAGCUUGAAGUCAAAACUUGCUUAAUAUUUUUGGCUCCUCUGAAUUCGAAACCACUAAUAUUUCCUCCAUGUACUUCUAAAAAAUGUUUAGAGACAUUGUGUAGGGUAAAUUUAGUGGUUUCGAAUUCAUAGGCAUAGAGGCCGUAAAAACCCAUUGGAGAGGAGGUGAUAUAGAAAGCCUCCUUAGUAAAAAUGAGAUGAAGUGGAUUUUUAAUAUGGAAUCAUUGUCCCCUUAUGGUCUUAAUAUUGAUUUUGAGAUUAAUUCAUGUAUAUAGUUUUAUAUGCUACUUUUUUAAUUUUUGUUUUUUUAGCAGUAUUUCAUAUAAUUUAUAUAUAAGGAAUGCUUUUACCCUGUUAUAAAGUUUUUUUCUAAUGACCUAUUCUUCCUUCCCCUUUAAUAGGUGAAUAGUACCUCCUUUUUUAUGAUGAUUUUAUGAAUUUUAUUGAUUAUAUGUGUUUAUUUGGGCUCUCCUCCUUUAUAGACGAAUAUAUUAAAUGUAUAUGAAUGUUAAAAGUCGUAAUUGCUAAGAGACUGGCAACUUCUAUGAUAAGAGACUUUCUAAAAUGGCGCCGAGAACACUUCCGGUUUCGGCGCCGGGAAGACGUCAUGACGUAGCCGUUUUGGGCAAAGAAUGAUGACGUAAACGGUAACGUCAUUACGGAACGUAACCGGAAGUCGCCAAAUAAUGACGAAAGCGGAAGUCAUACGGGACGCCAGGGAAAGGGCGUUGGAAUUUGAAAAUAUAAAAAGAAGAGAUCUGAGAUGAGAAACAGACCACUUGAGAAAGGCUGUGAGUGCCGAAACGCGUCGUGGUACAUAUGAAGGACACUUUACCUGUAUUUAUUACUAUUUUUAAUUUUAUGUAGUAUUUUAAUAAUAAAAUCAGUUUGGAUUUGAUUCUGCAUCCUGGAGUGAUUUUGGAGAACAUUUCCAGCGCGGAUCUAUCAAAUUUGAUACAGGACGUCCAAAAAUUGAGAUUUCUCAUCUCGUUACAAGCCCUAAGUCUGAGUCAGCUUUUAAAGUGACUCCGUAAUAUGUGAGUUUAACCAGUCACAAAAUAUUACUUGUAUAUAUUUUAACAAUAUUAUACUAUGUUUCUGUGCUUUAUGUUUUGUAGAUAUUCCAACUAAAUCAAGUUUUGGUAAUAUAUCGUACAUGCAUGUUUUGAGUGCUCUCACCACCAUUUUAUAUUUUGUUUACCUCACGCUUGGAGGCCUUUCUGUGUCAGGUAAUUGCCGUUUUGGUAGCAAAAUUCUACUUUUUCUGCUUCAUUCAGCAGAAGCUGCUGAGGCUAGCGUCCUCUCAGCUCUGCGGUCAGGCCCCGCCCCUGUGAGUAAAGGGUUUUAAUGAAGUGGGAUCAAGGAUUAAUACAGCAUGGAUCAGAGUUAAUAUAACCGGUGUGUAUUUUUUAAAUCGAAGUUCAUGCAGUACUCUGAAUUCAGUCAAAUAUUUUGUCACAAUGUAAUUUAUAGAAGACAUCUAGGUUUAGGGUUGGUAUAGGGCUAGUUAGAAGUGGGGAAUUGUCUGUAUGUGGGAGAAGGCAUAUCAUUUACCUUUGAACUGAAGCCCUUUGUCUGUUUGCCACCUAGCAACUCCCCUACUAUCUAAUGGGGUGGUCAUUAUGAAGUUCUUCAUUGUGAAUCAGAGUGCUUGAAUAGGCAACUCCCAUGACACUUGCUUGGUGAUAUUUAGAAGGCAAAUCUUAUGAGCUGUGAGACUUGCCUGUCACAUGUUUCUGAUUGGUUAAUUUGCCAUACAUGGCUUUUAAAUACCAACUUCAAGGGACUCUACAGUGACCCUACCACUUCAUCACAGUGAAGUGGUCUGGGUACUGUAUCCUUAACUUUUUUGUCCUGCACUCUAAAACAUUGCCAUAUCUACUAAACGGCAAUGUUUUAGACCGCAGAACUAAAAACGCCUUUAGUAGCUGUCUUGACUGCUACUAGCGUGUGCUUCCCCGGUAACUACAUAGUUUGACUUGGUUAUGUCAAAUCUCAUCAAAUGAUGAUGAAUAGAUUCUUUAAUUCCCUACGUGAAGCAUUUGGACUAGCAUGGCAUUUGAAGCGCAUGUGCUACUUGUGCCCAAUGAGAAGCAUUGGAUUAGACGAGAAGCCUGCGGGACAGCGUCACUGGAGGUGGAGUGUGUGGCAGCACAGAGUGAGUUUUGGAGCUGGAAAAAGGUAAAAGGUUAAAAAAAAAAAAAAGGUUUUAUUUUAAUUUAGGGGUUCUAUAUUUAAAUAGGAGUAAUGUGUUCUUAACACUAUGUUAUCCUCCCUAACGCUAUUGUGUUAAUUGGAUCUCAUGACUUUUCCAUGGUAAGUAGUACAAAUCCCAUGAGUAGCACUUUGAGUACAACAAGGCUUUCUGGGAGAAGCUCAUCAACGCUUUAGAAAAUGAAGUGAGCAUUAUGAUGUACUGAGUCACUUGUUCAAUAGUGAACAUAUUUUCUAUUUUUGCAUACAAGGUUGAAUAUAUGUAUCAUGUAUUAUCUACAUAAUGCGUAAACCAAUGAGUCGGCGCAAACUUGUUUGUCCUUUUUCAGUGUAUUUUCAUGGUAGACACAAUUUAAGCUAGAAGUAAAAAUCGUUUACUCUUACCAGAAUUCUUACUAAUAUUAGUUUUAGAAAGUCAUUCCUUAAUCACUUCAGUCACUUACCUAUACAUACUUAUUAUUAAUAAUAAUAUUUCUAAAGUGCCAACACGUUCCGUAGCGCUGUACAAUGGAUGGACUAACAGGCACAUAUUUGUAACCAGACAAAUUUGACGCACAGCUACAAAAGGAUUGAGGGCCCUGCUCAGUGAGCUGACCUGCCAUAGUGAGUGGGGUAUAGUGACACAAAAGGUAAGGGUAGAGUAGAAAAGUAGGUUGCUAGGAUAGUAUUCAUUGAGGGCUUAGUGUUUUGUUUUGAUUAGUUUCAAGAGAGGAAUCAGGUGUGGGGAGGGAAAGCUGUUCAGUUUAAUUAAUAUGCUUUCCUAAAGAAGUACGUUUUCAAAUAUUUUUUGGGAGGAGCGGAGAUUGGGUGAGAGUCUAACAGAGAGAGGAAGGGCAUUCCAAAGGAACAGUGCAGCCCUAAAGAAGGUGAGCAUCAGAGAUAGGAUUAUAAACAGAGGUUAGACUUAGGGGACAGCAGCAUGGACAAGCACAUUUGCUGUAUCAGGUGUUAAAUAGAGUCAAAUGCACGCAAUGUUUUUGAGAUGGAAGCGACAGGAUUUGUCGAUUGAUUGGACACGAGAUGUGAAGGAGAGGUCGGGGGUCAAAGAACACCUAAGCAGUGAGCCUUAGAGGUAGAGCGGAUGGUAGCGCCAUUGAAUUGGAGGGACACAGAUAAGGGAGUAGCAAUACUUGAGGGAGAGAAGACCAGAAGUUCUGUUUUGGACAGGUUCAGUUUAAGGAACUGAGCAGCCAUCCAGUUGGAAAUAGCAGAGAGGCAGCCAGAGACAUGAGUCAAGAGGGGUGGUGAGAAAUCAGGGGAGGACAGAGAAAUUUGUGUCUCAUCUGCAUAAAAAUGAUACUGGAAGCCAAAGGAGCCAAGUUUACCAUGGGAGGCAGUAGAGAUGGAGAACAGUAGGGGACCAAGGACAGACCCUUAGUGAACACCAACAGAGAGGGAUUGGGGAGAAGAGGCAGAGCCAGAGAAAUAAACACUGAAUGAGCCUUGGGAGAGGUAGGAAGAGCACCAGGAGAGAGCAGUAUAUCAUAGACCGAUAUUAUGGACGAUGAGAAGAAGCUGUUGAUGACCAGCCGUGUCAAAAGCAGAAGAAAGGUCAAGGAGAAUUAGGAUAGAGUAGUGGUCAUGGGAUUUAGCAGUGAUAAGAUCAUUGUAUACAUUGGUCACAGCUGUUUUAACAAAGUGACAAGUGCGGAAUCCAGAUUGAAGCGGGUCAAGCAGAGUUGGAAUCUGUCAAUCUUGCAUACACAACUCGUUCAAGGAUCUUGGAGACAAACGGCAGUAGCGAGAUAGGGUGGUAUUUGGACAGGGAAUUAGGAUCAAGGCAGGACUUUUUCAGAAUCGGGGUUGCAGUUGCAUGUUUGAAGGGUAGAGAAAAUGUGCCGGGGAGAGGGAGAGAUUGAAAAUUUUAGUGAGAGGCAGAGCAAGAGAAGGAGACAAAGUGCGGAUGAGAUACGAGGGAAUAGGAUCGAGGGAACAGGUGGUGGGGCAGGAGGAACGUAGCAGAGCAGAAACCCCUUAUGCUGUAGCAGGUGAAAAUAAGCCUAGGAUAGCUGAGGGACUGUGGUUAGGGGAAAAGUUUGUACUGGAUGGAGAGAGAUGAGAGAUCUCUUCCCUGAUUGUAGAAAUCUUCUCAAUGAAGUGAGUUGCAACAUUUGUGGGGAUCAAGUUGGUAGGAGGAGGAGGCAGGGCAAAGUAGAGAGUUAAGAGCACGAAACAGUCAUUUGGGCUCGCGGCAGAGUGUGGUUAUGAGUGUAUUGAAAUGGUUUUCUUUUAAGAGGAAAGAGCCAGACUGUAGGAGUGCAGCAUAAACUUAUAGUGGAGGAAGUCAGACGCAGAGUGAGACUUUCUCCAGCAGCGUUCAGCAGUUCUGAAACAUUUUUGGAGGUAUCGGGUCCGCUGGGUGUGCCAGGGUUGUAAUUGGGGGUGCUUAGUGCGUUUAAGUGUAGGAGGUGCCAUGCUGUGGAGUUGUAGAGGGAGGUUGCAGUGCUAGGGCAGGUGAGAUUUGAGAUUGGUGAAAGGAGACUUUAGAGGUUGGUGGAGAAUUGCUGUAGGUCAAGACAUUGGAGGUUUCUGCAAGACUGAUGUGGUGAAGGUGAGGUACUUUGGAUACAGGGUAUGCGGAUGUCAAAGGAAAUGGAACAUUGGGGAGAUUAGAGGUGGUACAGAGAUUGGUGAAGCUGAGGUCGAGUGUUUCCUGCUCUGAGUUUAUGAACUGGACUACUGUGUGAGUCCAAUGGAGUAGGUUACAGAGAGCAGAAGGCAGGCAUUAGGGCAGUUGAGGUUGUUGAUUGGGAUGUUAAACUCCCCAAGAAUGAGGGAAGGAGUACAAGAGGAGAGGAAAUGGGUUAGCCAGGAAGAAGAGUGUUUAAUAAACAGCCUUGGAUGACUGGGUGGGGGAUGAUAAAUGAUGGCAAUUCUUAGAGGAAUGGGUUUAAAAAGAUGGACAGUGUAAACUUCAGAGGAAUUAAAGGACAGGGCAGGGGCAAGGAGGACAGGGAGAGAAGGAUGCCUACACCACCUCCUUUACAGUUGUUUGGUCUGGAAGUGUGGGAGAAUUGUAGCACAACAUAACAUAAGGAAGCAGGAGUAGCCGUAUCAGAGGAGGACAGCCAGGUCUCAGGGGGUGCAAAAAGUGUGAAAGAAUUUAAGAAGUUGCGUAUGGCUGUUGAUUUUAUAUUGUUGCAGAUGGAGCGAGCGUUCAAGAGUGCACACUGAAUAUUGGUAGAUGGGGAUAGACGGCAUGGUAUUGGGAUGAUGUUUGUGUGGUUUCUGGUAGACUUAGUGUGAGUAGAUUAGAUGACGGGCCCUGGGUUGGGAGAGACAUCAAUCACAUAUAAUCAGAAAUAAGUACAAUGUAUAUAUUUUAACCCCUUAGUGACCGCGGACGUACAGGAUACGUCAGACAAAAAACGUUUAACGACCGCUGACGUACCCUUUUUUGUCCACGGCACAUUUGAGCGCUGGAAGCGAUCGUGAUAAUUUCCAGCCGUUCUAAGGGUAUUGCAGACAUGCUGCAAUACCUCAAUCACUGCCGGGCCACUGGGUGUUUUUUUUUUUUUGUUUUUUUUACAUAUCACUGCCGAUGCUCUGCCUGUGUGCUGAGUGCCUCGAGUGGUUGGGACACUCAGUGAAGAUAAAAUAAAAAAUAAAAAAAUAAUUAAAAAAUAAAAUAUAUCAUAUGUAAUAACCCCCCUCCCCAGUACCUCGGACGUACCUAGUCUUCUUCUCCACUGCCCACAGCCCAGACAGUCCCCUCUCGACUAAAUAGGACUCCAUGGGCCAUGUGAUCGCUCUGAAAGAGCGGUCACAUGGCUGCAAUAGGUGUCUAUAGUUGUCUGAACCAACAGGCUGGUGAAAAAAGUUACAAACAAGUUUUAAAAUAAAAAAAAAUAAAGGUAAUAAAUGUAAAAAUAAAUAUAUAUAAAUAUCUUGUAUAGAACGUCAUACUAAGUGUAUUUUGUUUUUAAUAUAUACAUACAUUAAUAUAUAAAUACUUAGAGUAAAAUUACACGUGUGUGUGUGUGUGUGUAUAUAUAUAUAUAUAUAUAUAUAUAUAUACACACACAUAAUUAUUUAUAUUGUGUGUGUGUAUAUAUAUAUAUGUAUAAUAAAAAAUAAAGUAAAAAAAUAUUUUUAAAAAAUUAGAAAUUAUAUAUAUCUAUCUUUAUUCCAACUGUAUUUUGAUGUGUGUGUGUAUAUAAUCAAUAUACACAUAGAAUAAAAUUAUAUAUGUAUAUAGAAAUAAAUAAAAAUAUACAUAAUUUCAUAAAUGUACACUUAGACUUCAAAUAUAUAUUUAAAUUCUACGUGCAUAUUUAUGUAAUAUUUUUACAUAAAUAAUUUUAUUGCAAUUUGGGGGACCUGUCUGACAACCCAGGCCAAAAGUCCAGAGAAUUUAAUUUGCUCGCACUGUAUUUAACCCUGUAACUUUCCAUGACACCCUAAAACCUGUACAUAGGGGGUACUGUUUUACUCGGGAGACUUCACCGAACACAAAUAUUAGUGUUUCACAACAGUACAACAUAUCACAGUGAUGAUAUGGUCAGUGAAAGUGCAUUUUUUUUUUUUGCAUUUUUCACACACAAACAGCACUUUCACUGACGAUAUUGUUGUGAUACGUUUUUACUGUUUUGGAACACUAAUAUUUGUGUUCAGCAAAGUCUCCAGAGUAUAACCGUACCCACCAUGUACAGGUUUUAUAGUGUUUUUGAAAGUUACAGGGUCAAAUAUAAGGCUUGAUUUUCUGUUUUUUAACAUUGAAAUUUGCCAGAUUGGUUACCGUAUAUACUCUAGUAUAAGUCGAUCCGAAUAUAAGUCGAGACCCUUAAUUUUACUCGAUUAUAAGACUAGGGUGGGAAAUGCAGCAGCUACUGGUAAAUUUCUAAAUAAAAUGAUAUCCCCCCAAAAUUAUAUUGAAUAUUUAUUUACAGUGUGUGUAUAUAAUGAAUGCAGUGUGUGUGUGUGUGUAUAUGAAUGCGGUGUGUGUAUGAAUGCGGUGUGUGUGUGUGUGUGUGUGUGUGUAUGUGUGUAUAAGUGCGGGGUGUGUGUGUGUGUGUGAUGCAGAGCCUUGGUGGGGGGUAGGCAUUUUUUUUUUUUAUUAUUAUUUUAAUAUUAUUAUUUUUUUGUUAUAUUAUUAUUAUUAUUUUAUUUUAUUUUUUUAUAUUAUUAAUAUUUUAUUAUCAUUUAUAUUUUCUUCGUCCCCCCUCCCUGCUUGAUACAUGGCAGGGAGGGGGGCUCUCAUUCCCUGGUGGUCCAGUGGAUGGGCUGUGUAGGAGGGGGGCUGGCAGAGAGCUGUAACUUACCUUUCCUGCAGCUCCUGUCAGCUCCCUUCUCUCUCCUCCGUUCCGGUCAGCUCCCUUCUCGUCCACUGUAAGUCUCGCGGUGUGACUGCCGCGUGGAGCGUUGCCACGUUAAACCGUGGCAACGCUCUGAUCCCGUGGCUCUCGCGAGACUUACAGUGGAGCUGACCGGGCCAGAGGAGAGAGAAGGGAGCUGACUGGAGCUGCAGCAAAAGUAAAUUACAGCUCUCUGCCAGCCCCCGGCGGUCCUGGUCUGUAUUAUGGCAAUGUAAGUUGCCAUAAUACAGACAGUGACUUGAGUAUAAGAUGAGUGAGGGUUUUUCAGCACAAAAAAAUGUGCUGAAAAAUUCAUCUUAGACUCGAGUAUAUACGGUAUGUUGCCUUUGAGAGCAUAUGGUAGCCCAGGAAUGAGAAUUGCCCCCCCAUGAUGGCAUACCAUUUGCAAAAGAAGACAACCCAAGGUAUUGCAAAUAGGGUAUGUUCAGUCUUUUUUAGUAGCCACUUAGUCACAAACAUUGGCCAAAGUUAGCGUUCAUAAUAGUUUUUUGCAUUUUUAACAAAUAUCAAAUAUAAAUGCUAACGUUGGCCAGUGUUUAGUUUAGACAUACCACAUAUUGAAUACCCUGGGUUGUCUAAAAAAAUAUGUACAUGUGAGGUGUGAUUUAGAAAUAUAUGACAGAUAACAGUGUUACAAUGUCACUAUUGAUAAAUUUAAUAAUAUAUAUAUAUUUUGAAACUGCAAUGUCCUACUUGUACUUAUAGCUCUGUUACUUGCAAAUAAAAGCUAAAAGCAUGUUAACUCAGGACAAAAUGUAGAAACUAUUUAGCACUGGUGUUUUUUGGCGGUUGUAGAUGCGUAACAGAUUUUGGGGAUCAAAGUUAAAAAAAAUAGUUUUUUUUUUUUUCAUCAUUCUUUAUAAUUUUUUUUAUAGUAAAUAUAUGAUAUGACGAAAAUAAUGGUAUCUUUAGAAAGGCAGUUUAAUGGCGAGAAAAACUGUUUAUAAUGUGUGGGAACACAUUAAAUGAGUAAGAGGAAAAUUACAGCUAAACACAAACACCGCAGAAAUGUAAAAACAGCCCUGGUCCCAAACGGUAAGAAAAUUGAAAAGCAGUCUGGUCACUAAGGGGUUAAAUAUGAUGAGUCUUCUGAUUGACAGAGCUUUCUUCCUGGCCUGGGAGGGCUCUGUCUGCUCCUGACACUUGGUGUUCAUCUGCAUAGCAUUAGGAUUUUAAAAGGUAUUUUUAUCUAUAUAGUACAUUAAAGAAAUGAGCUGUCAGUUUUUAAGAAUGUGUAUCCUUUUUGCUGCUAUCAGUUUGAAUGUGGAAGUUAAAUGGUUUUGUAUAUAAAAGAAGAAAAGGAAACAAGUUACUUUUUUAAAUGCUUCAUACUUUUUAUCCAUGGCAUUACAAUCUAAUAAAUUGUAAGUCCUUUCCUUUAUUUUAAAGGUCUAAAAAUAAAAUAGAUUAAAGUUCUAAGCAGCAAUGCCAUCUGGCAUUGCUGCAUGAUUGAGUUAAUUAUAGAAUAAAAUAACCAACUCAUCCGCAGUAGAUUUGCAGACAACUUUAUAUCUGAGCUUAAUAUUUUCCCAUCCUUUCUUAAUUUUGGAAAACUUUGCUCAUUCAUGCCUGCUGAAUGGGCAAAAUGGAACAAUAGAAUGCAUUUUGGACUGUCCGAAAUUGAUCGGCUACACUUAUGAAAUACUAUUAAUAUCCAGUGUAUUACAUAUGCAUUUUAUCUUCACACACAAAUUGAUGUGUGAUAUCCCUUUUUCCCAGUGUUGCAAAGGAGUUGUGUAUUGGUCUAAUACCGGGCUUAUUUUUGGGUAGCCAUAAACACUAGUACCAUAGUACUAAAAAUGCCAUAAGCACCAGUUUAAUAACACAACAGUGUUUCCAUAAAAACAUUUCGUAUUCUGUAGUUGCAAUGGCUCGAUUACAAAAAGGGGAAAAUAAUAUAAAAAACGAAGGAAAGGGUAAUAAAAGGAAAAGAGGAAAGAGAAAGGGUGGUAGGUUCUCCCCGUGGGAUAUUAGUCCAGGCCACAAAUGUAUUCUCUUCACUUAUACAGCACCAGUAUGCGUAGCAUCACAGUAUUCAUCCCAUACCUUGUAACAUUUUGGUAAUAGAUAAACUCAACAUGCAAGUUGUAAUAAAUCAGAUGCAUGUCCUUUAUUUUCCCUACAAUCUUACCUAUCCCUGGUAUUUAAACCCCCAGCCACAGUUGAGCCAUUGCUCUCCUUGCUGCUACGGUGAUAUUGUUAUGUAAUUUUUGUAUAUGUGAGGGGAAAAUCUCUACGGGUUUAGCAAGUAAAAAGGAUCAUGGGUCCAGGUCAACCGGCCUGUGUAAUACUGAAACUAAUCCUUGACUUUGCUCCAGAAUACAACUACUUUAGGACACAUCCACCAAAUGUGAAUGUAUGUGCCCUGCAACCCCCACUGCCUCCAACAUGAGUCAGAUGUAGUUUUACCCAUCUUGUACAGCUUAACAGGUGUGGUAUACCACCAUAGCAAUGUUUUGUAGGGCUUUUGCUGACACUACACACAUAGAAGACCUAGAAUCUGCUUACCAAAUGACUUCCCAGCUACCACCUUCCAACCAAUGGUUUAAAACCACUUCACACUAGUUAGUGUAUUUUAGGGCCCCCAUUCAGGUGUCACUAAUGUGAGUGUAAAUGUGUGUGAUUAAUCCUUUCUGUACAGUUUCCAAUAAACAGAUCUUUUCAAAAAGGUGAGUGGGGCACUUACUGCCUUUUGAACCCUAUCGCCCAGGCACGUACCUGCAUGUAACUAAAGAAAUCCUUAGACAACGGUGUUAUUGCUUUCAAGUCUUCAAAGGAUCAUAGUGUACCAUAGUGGAAUAGUUAAAUAUAUCUCUGAAGCCCAACACUCUAAUCCCUUAAAAUGCCUAGGUAUCAAACCCAGAGGGAAAGCUAUAUUCUGCAAGUAUGGAGUCAUAAGGGAAUAACUACUUGACAGAUUAUUUUAGGGUUGCUCUGUCAUAAUCUAAUAGAAUUAAGGAUGGCUGGACACUAGGUACGCAAAAAAAGGUCUAUUAGCUGUAGGAACCCAUUAAAAUAUUGCGGCAAACUGACGUUAAUUUUAGUGCAUGACGAAAAAUGUGACGCUAAGGGUUCAUUUUAUACACUUGGGGCAAUGGAUCUGAUUGAAUUCAGUAUUUAGGAGUUGUGUCCCAAUACCUUUGUCUGUAUAGUGUAUGUUUUAUGUGCUUUGUGUAUUCCAUAAUCCAUUUUCCAUAGAAUUGGCAAGAAUACAAAGCCGUAAAGAACAUGGUAAAUAUAUCAUUGAUCUUUGUCAUUAUGCAUGAUGGUUAUAUAUGGAAAUUACAUACACUGAUUUAUAUUUUAAAGUGAUACUCUAAGCACCACAACAAGUUUAGCAGUUUUGGUGUGUAUAUCAUGCCCCUGCAGUCUCACUGCUCAAUUAUCUGCCAUUUAUUAUUAUAUUUAUAUAGCGCAAACAAAUUCCGUAGCGCUUUACAAUGGGUGGACUAACAAACAUGUCAUUGUAACCGGACAAGUUGGACACACAAACCAAUGGGUUGAGGGCCCUGCUCAAUGAGCUUACAUGCUAGAUGGAGUGGGGUAAAGUGACACAAAAGGUAAGGGAAGUAGUCGGGAAGUAGAUUGGUAGAAUAGUAUUCAAUAAUUGUGUGUUUGUAACGGAGCUUCCUGUACCCCCGGUUGGGUACCUAGUGCUCACUGAGGACUCCAAGCACUCCACCGGACACCAUCAGCACCGCAGUCCCAAUGUCCAGCGUUACAGCUUGGCUGGGAAUUCGUUGUCUCCUACCCACCAGUGGGUGAACCUCUCUUCCUCCAGAGUACAAGCAGAAACAGCUCUUAAAAGAGCUUAGGGAUUAUAAUCCCUGGGGAGUAUAGUGAUAUAGCAAUCCCAAGGGUAGAUGCAGCCUUUUCCCCCACACAUGAGACGAGACUCUAUGUUGAGGGUAAAAUAGGAACUCCGCUUUGAUGGGACACACUGGCCUUUUAUGCAAGUUUCCCCAACAAGGUUGACGCCCAGGUGGACCUUGUUAGGCACAGGACACAAAGUAUGCAAGCCAAUAAAAAGGAACGAUAUGUGAUAAGGAACGACACUCCCACAUACAGUACACAAUCCCUCCCCUCUGCCUGUGAUAUAAUAAAGGCAGAUAAAGCAUUACAUUUUUAUAAAGUCCAAUAAUUACCCCAUAAAUCUUACAUCCACAUCAUGGGUUCAGAAAUUUUAUGGAAGCUAUAAUUUUGCCCAGGCGAACACAGGAUUUCAUGCCCAAAACAGUUCCAUAGAAUCGCGGCUAAGUGCCGCUGGAGAACCGACCCAGAACCGCAAGGUUUUCAUGCUAAGUCCCCCUAAAGUCUAUUUGCUGUUUUGGUCCAUGUGAGCAAGAUGGCCGCCACCACGUAUUCGAAUGGCGGCCACUUCGACUGUUCGGAGUUCGAAGAACCAUUGUUUAAAGUCCCAAUAGCCACAAAUAGGGUCUCUCAACCACAAUAAAUUAAAGGGGCCAUAGUCACAGGGUAAAAGGCUGGCAAGUAGUCCCCUCCAAAAACCAGUGGCGAGGUCACUUUCGCCACGUGUUUUUUGUUUUUUAAAGUUGCAGGAGAUGAGUUAUUGGGAGCCAUUAACAGUUUAAUUUGUAUGCUUUUGUGAAAAAGUGUGUUUUUAAUUAUUUUUUUGAAGGAGUGGAGACUGGGUGAGUGUCUAACAGAAAUGGGAAGGGAGUUCCAUGGAACGGUGCAGCCAUAGAGAAAUCUUUAAUGUGAACAUCAGAGGUGGGAGUACGAACAGAGGAUAAAUAUAGGUCUUCGGCAGAGCGUAGGGGCCUAGACGGGACAUACUUAUGGCGUAGGGGCCUAGAUGGGACAUACUUAUGUAUUAGGGAGGAUAGAUAGGGGGGACUAGCAUUAUGUAGAGAUUUGAAAGGAAGAACCCGAAUUUUAUAUUGAGCCCUAUAUUUUAUGGGAAGCCAAUGCAGGGACUGACAGAGGGGUAUGGCACGGGAGGUGCGAGAGGACAGGAAGAUGAGUCUCGCCUCUGCAUUCAUUAUAGACUUCAAUAGGGUAAGUUGGGAGCACGGAAGACCAGUGAGAAGCGGAUUGCAGUAGUCCAGGUGAGAGAAGACAGUGGCAUGGCCCAGCAUCUUUGCCACAUCUAGCAUUAAGUAGGGGCGGAUGCACACAAUGUUUUUACGAUAGAAGCGGCAGGAUUUGGCGAUCGACUGGACAGGAGUUAAAUCACUCUUGUUCAUAUUCAUGCAACCUUAGCCACACCUCCACUGGCUUAAAAUGAAACCAUUUUUAAUGUGGGUUUGUGAAUGCCAAUCAGAUCAUGGUGUGUUUCAUUUAAUCAUUCUCUCCUGUGUGUGAUUAAAGUUGAAUUAACACCACAGGAAAUAAGAACACCUAACGUAGACACACUGUGUAAAAAAAAAAAAACAUCCCUCCCAACACUUCAAAUGAACAAAGGGGAACAAUUAUAUUUAGAGGUGUGAGAGGAGGAGUCUCCGGGGGUGGGGCUGUGCUGAGACAUUUUAAGUGACAAACCUAAAUAAUGCAGCUAAAAUGUCAUUUAGUACAAGAACAAUGUAUGUUAUUUACUACAAAUGUUUUCAAAUGUUAAUCAGUCUUGUAUUUAUGGACCCUAUACUGUGAGUAUCAGUACUGUGGAGCUCUGUUAUAUAGACACACACAUAAACCAUGGGGCUCCUAGGAAAUAGGGACAUGAGGGACAGAGGGAUUCGGGCCAAAAAUAAGGACUGUCCCUUCAAAAUAGGAACACUUGGGAGGUUUGAAUAAAGGAAGUUUAAAAAUGAAAUCUCUUUAGACAGUGUUCAGGAAAUCUGUGUAAAGCACAGGCAAGAGAGCUGUGACUAGGGCUGUGUAUACAAAGUGUUCAAUUAUCUGCCAAUUAGGAGUUAAAUAAGUAAGAAUGCAUGGGCAUGGACUAUACACCAAAACAGUUUAGUUGAGCUAAAGUUGUUUUGGUGCAUAUAACUUUUUUUCUUGUUUCAAUGUAUAGUUGAAUUAAGAGUAUUUUUGGCAUUGACCUAGACAAUUAUCGGCAUUCACAUAGCAAAGCAAAAUAUACAACAGAUGGUUCAAGACGUCCUAUAGCCUACCAAACACAACUUGGCUAAUAUCGCAUUAACCUAGGUGUCAAUGAAGAAAAGGGAAACUGGUAACAGCCAAGAAUCUGAGUAGAAGGAAAGAUGAGGCAAAGAAAGUAAUAGAGGAGUGAUAAUGGAGAGCUGAUCAUAAGAUCUUGGUAAUUCCUAGGGGGCAUCUCAUCUUCCUGUACUUGGGUAAAGUUUGCAGAGUUUGGUUCUUUCAUGCGAACAUACCUUUUUUUUUUUAAUAUGUAUUUUUUUCUUCUUUUGCUUUAGCAGGAAUACCAAACUUUAGAUUUUAUUUCUCCAGUCGUGAGCACAUUCCAGUGCCCUGCGGUGUGUUACAAACUGGCAGGCAAAGCAUUUGUGUAAAAUCCUGACUGUAAAAAAAAAAUCCAUUAUAAUCACCUUUUAUAAGUUACAUAAUUGACCUAGUUUUACAGGAAGACAUUUCUUUUUAUUAACUUGAAUUGUGUGGGCAGAUCUCUUUUGAAACUCUUUCAGGUUAAACUAAAACGGGUAAUCAUUAGACUUUACUGUAUAAAGUAGAGAAGCUUGUACCACUUUUAAAUUCACAUUGUAAUUUUGAGUACUUGCAACCUUUUAUCAUGGGUGUAUCCUACAGCAUUCAAGAGUGAGUAGUGUAAGCAGUUUGUGCUCUAAAGUAUUGUUUGUGAUCAUGUGAAUUACAAUUUUUAUGGGGUUUUUUUUAAUCUAAAAAAAAAAAUUGAAAACUGAAUUAAUUCUAUAGUUUAGCAUUCUCAUGAAACACAAUUUAUUUUGUAGACUACAUACUUGCAUGGGUUAUGUGUUGUUAUUUCAAUGUUAGUACCCAGGUGCAUAUAUACCUAUAUUUGGGUUUUCUAAAUAUUUUGUUAAUUUAGGUAUAGGUGUUAAGACAUAAUGGCUGAAGAAAGAGAACUUAGACUUCAAUUUAUCAUUGCUGGAUCAGCUUUUCAAAUUUCAUAUUGUUGGAUAAACCUCUAAAGAUAACUUAAUCAGCAACAUAUUUUUAUUUUGUAAUAUUUUGAUAUUUUUAUGAUAUAUAAAAAUAUAUAUUUUAAACCUUUAUCCAAAAAUUUUAAAUCAAUUGAAAAGCUUGUCCAAUAAUAUCAAAUUGAGGCCAUACUUGGUUGAUGUAUGAAGAAUAGGAUCCAAAGAAUUCUGCAGUGAGAGCUUACUUUCUGAUGGUUCCUUCUGCACAAGAGAUGCCACAUAUGACCGGAUGAUCUUUUUGGGCCUCAUCUGCGAGUAAUCACUUGUACUAUUUAGUUAUUGUAAGCAAAGUAAAUUGCUCAUAUUAGUAAUAGUAAGUAUGGUGCCUUUUUUCUGUUUUUGCAGGGUGGAUCACUUAUACACAUUUUUUGUUCAAUGGUCACCAGAAGUAUAUGGGAAAGAUGCCAAAGACCAGGGUUUUGUGGUGGUGGAAAAGGAUGAGUUGCAUAUGAUUGACAAUUUCUUCAGUGAGCCCUCUACCAAAAGCUGGGAGGUGAGUGAACCAUCCUGUUUUCUGAUAGAAAAAGAAAUGUUAUACUAAAAUAUACAGUGGGUUUUUGGUAUUAUUUAUAAUGUGUUGCUUUCCUAGAAAUAUACUUUGGGUGUAACCAGUGACUCUAGUUGUCGCAUGCAUGCAUGCCCACCUACCUUCAUCCUGAUUAAGGGUAUAUGUUGCUUGUGUAUUCUUUAUGCCGAAGUGCAUAACUUUGCAUUUAUCAACAUUAAAUUUCAUCUGCCAUUUGAGUGCCCAGUCCACCAGUCUAUCUAAAUCCCUAUACAGCAAAUUAAUAUCUUGCUCACAUUGUAUUAUUUUACAAAGGUUUGUGUCAUCUGCAAACACUGAAACAUGACUUGCAAUGCUGUCUUCAAGAUCAUUUAUAAACAUGUUAAAUAGAAGGGGUCCCAGAACAGACCCCCUAAGGGACACCACUUGCCACCCCUGUUCAGCUUGAAAAUUUACCAUUAAUGUCAACUCUUUGUACUCUAUUUUUAAGCCAAUGUUCUAUCCAAGAACAAGCAUUUUCAUCUAGACCGAUUUCUUUAAGUUUGAACACUAAUCUAUUGUUUAGAACUGUAUCAAAUGCCUUGGCAAAAUCCAAAUCGAUCACAUCCACGGCAACACCCUGAUCUAUACUUCUACUUACUUCUUCGUAGAACGCAAUCAAGUUAGUUUGACAUGGCCUGUGCUUCAUAAAACCGUGCUGAUUUUUGCUGAUAACCAUGUUCUUCUCAAGGAAUUCUUGAAUAUUAUCCCUUAAUAACCUUUCAAAUAUUUUAGCAGCCACAGAAGUCACAGGUCUAUAAUUUCCAGGCAAGGAUUUUGAACCCUUUUUGAAUUGCCUUCCUCCAAUCCUCCCGAACACUUCCUGAAAGAAAAGAAUCUUGAAAGAUUAAAAACAAAGGUUCACUUAUUUCUACACUUAGUUCCUUAAGUACACGUGGAUGGAUACCGUCAGGCCCUGGAGCUUUGUUUAUAUUAACUUUCUUUAGUUGCUGCAGCACCUUGUCUUGAGUUAACCAAUUACAAUUAUUCUGCAAGCUUUUAGUAGCAAUCACUUGCACAUCUAUUGCCAUGGGUUCUUCCUUAAUAUAUACGGAGGAGAAAUAGUUAUUUAAAAUUCCUGCCUUUUCCUUUUCAUUAACUAACACCCCCGUUUCAGUUUUUAGUGUACCUACACUUUCAUUUUUGUUUUUUUUAGAAUUUAUGUACUUAAAAAAUGCUUUGGGGUUGGUUUUGCUCUCUUUAGCUAUCAUUUUUUCAUUUUGAAGUUUAGCAAGUCUAAUUGCCUUUUUACACGCAUUAUUUGCUUCCUUAUAUCUUUUAUAAGAUGUAUCUGAUUUGUCCGAUUUUAAAUGCUUUAAAUGCCCUUUUCUUAUUUUUAAUCUCUUGUUUUACUUCUCUACUAAGCCACAUUGGUUUUAAUUUGUUUCUUUUAUAUUUAUUUCCCAAUGGUACAUACUGAGAAAUGUACCUUUCUAAUAUUUGUUGGAAGAUGAUCCAUUUAUACUCAGUGUUCUUUUUACUAAAUAGUUUAUGCCCGUCAAUAUAUUGUAAAGCUUCCCUUAACUUAUUGAAAUUGGCCUUUUUAAAAUUAAAUGUUUUAGUAUUCCCCAUGUGCUUUUGUUUUUUUGAGUUUAUUUCAAAGGACACUAUAUUGUGAUCACUAUUUCCCAAGUGCUCACUGUAGCGGAUGGCACUGGGCUGUCCUGAAAAUUACAUGGGUUUAACUGCAUUCGUGUAAACUGCUGGUUUUGUAUGUGUUGAAAUAAAGUGUAUUCGUCUGAUUGUUCGGUAGAAUCAUUCGAAUAAACUAAGGGAAUGAAACUACCGAACAAUCAGACCUCCCCUGUGUGAAGUGUGCCUUCAAUUACCCGUUGCAACAAUGUUGCGAACGGGUAAUUAACAAGCUAUGCAGUAGGUCCUUUGUUCGCGGGUGGCCACCAUUCGGGAAACGAACAUGUGGUGGCGGCCAUUUUAAAACUCCCGAACAGCGGUGUUUUGCCGUCGAGUGUCUGGAACUCAAAUCGGACACUCGACUAGGCGAACACCGCUGAGACCUCCACAAGCCCGGUCCGUUCGGUUCCAAACUACCGAACGGCCCCUCGUUCGGUAGACAGAAACAACCGAACGAGGGGAUUCAUGCGAACCCUACCUGAUCUCUGUAGCCUUAGCCUUUCGUGUAAUUUAUUCCCUUAUACUGGGACCGACCGCAGGGCCCCAUCGCAUGGAACCCAAUUCGGCUGUUCUCUCCAGCGCGGUCGGUCUUUUUAGUACUUCCAUAAAUUUCCCGAACCCCUGGUCCGAUCUGGGUGGUUUUUGGAUAUGUUGCUCACCCAGAUCAGGGCUACCAGGGGAUGUGCCAUUUAAAGGGGUACCCCUAGGUUUAGGGGUACAUCCAGAAACUGGGGGAAUUUGUGUACAUUAUAAGGGGAUUAUGAGUCAGGCUGAGGGGAGGAGAUAGGUGGGAGGUUACUAUUGUUGGAUUGGGUACUGUACUAAUUGAUGAAAGUCCCUCCCUUGCAUGGGAGCAUGCUAUAUAAGGCCACUGUGGCAUAAAGGUUUUCAGUUCUGCUCCUGAUGCUGUGUGUCGUCCAGUUAUUGGGAUUGCUGUUGGGAUACUGUUGGAUUAUUUUACCUGCUGGAAACCUUGCCUGUGGUUUUAUAAUUACUUGUUCCUGAGCCUCACUGGGAUCUUAAGCGGAGAUAAUCUGUGGAAUAUUGUAUCUCCGCUACACUCACCUACUUGAAUGUUGGUCAAAAGAUCAACGUUGUUUGUUAAAACCAGGUCCAGACAAGCAUCCAUUCUAGUUGGUGCUUGUACAAGUUGUGACAUGAAGGUGUCAUUAAACAAGUUUAAAAACCCAAUUCCCUUUGCUGAGCUACUAGUCCCUCUGUCCCAAUUUAUGUAUGGGUAAUUAAAAUCUCCAAUAAUUAAAGUGUUACCCAGAUUUGCAGCUUUCUCAAUUUGCUCAAACAGCUGUUUUUCCUCGUCAAUAUUAACAUUAGGUGGUUUAUAACAUAUCCCAACCAAUAGUUGGUUUCCCUUCUUUUCCCUAAAGCAGAUAUUUACCCAUAAAGCUUCCACAUUAUCCUCAUCGCAUUCCAUUUGCUUAAGAUUUGGCUUUAAAUCAUGGUGGACAUACAAACAUACCCCACCACCCUUCUUGUUUUUCCUAUCCUUCCUAAAUAACAUGUACCCAUUUAAGUUAACUGCCCAGUCAUGUGUCUCAUCCCACCAUGUUUCAGUUAUGCCUAUUAUAUCAUAUUGUUUAGUGUAUGCUAAUGCCUCUAGUUCCCCCAUUUUGUUAUUUAGGCUCCUUGCAUUAGUAAGCAUACAUUUAAUAUUAUGCGUCACUUGUAUAUUUUGUGAAUUAUCAUCAUUACAUAGCUUCUCUGUUCUGAGCUUGCCCCUACCCCCGUCUCCACCCACUUAUACUGUGCUAAAGCCCACCUCCUUUCUGUCCUAUCUCCAUUUUGUAGAUUGCUAUGACCCUCCCCCCUAAUACUAGUUUAAAAUCUCCUCCAACCUUCUAGCCAUCCUAUCCCCCAGCAUUGCAGACCCUCUCCCGUUUAGGUGCAAUCCAUCACCACUAUAAAGGUUGUACCUAAUCGCAAAGUCGGCCCAGUGCUCUAAAAACCCAAAACCCUCCUUCCUGCACCAAGACUUAAGCCACGCAUUGACCUGCAAACUAACAAACGGUUAGUUUGCAGGACUUCCACAGUUCUGUGUAAAGUCAUCAUGUCAACAUGGGUAAGCCCUGUUGGCCUUUCAAUCAUUUCGAUUAUGCAAGGAACAGCCUCCUUCAGAUCAUGGAAAGUUUGCAUCAGCCCAGUUUCUUCUUGUGGUCGAUCGCUAGGUGUGUUCCAAAGGACGUACAUACCCAUGGUGCAGUAGAGAUGACAGAAGUGUAAGGAAAUGGACUCCUACGCAUGCUACUGUCAUGGAACAGCUACCACUGUCCAAACUGAUUAGUGCUUAACUCUGUCCACUAUGGAAGCAAAUUGCAUACCAAUUUGCAAAGCUGAGUUUGCUGGGGCUUGCCUCUUCAGUAGGCUGCAGGCAUAUAAUAACUUCUUAGGAUCUUUUCCCUUUUUUUCUCCCUGGAUGAGAGCAGGCCAGCAUCUAUCUUUAGAUACACUGUCUUUAAUUGUUUGACUCUAUGCACUGCAAACAUUGCAGCUUUUAUUGCAAAACGGUAUGUGCGCUCCUAAAUAUUAUAAAAUAAAAUAACCUAUAAAUAAAAAUAUACAUUUAUUAGUAUAAAACUUGUAUAUAUGUGUAAAUGAAUGAAAUCAUAAAUAAGAACAUGACCGCACUGAUCUAAUGCUGGUUAACAGGGCGUACAGUUUAUAUUUUAUUGACGGAUCAUUAUUAGUUCUCGCUGGGAGUGUGCUUCCAUUACACCGCGGCCUUUUUAGAAGAUACCGACUGCGGUGCAACAGUUAAUUCCCCAUUGACUGAUCCUAUCUGGGUCUGCUGGGGGUUUUCUAUUCGUAAUUGUUCACUGCUCAUUCUAUUGAUUAUAUCCUCUCAAGGUUUCUACUAUAAUUUUUUAUUUAUACCUCGGUGGGGGCCCACACCGAGGCAAGGUACUUUUUGUAUUUAUUUAUAUAUUUGUUUUUUAUUUUUAUUUACAUUGUAGGCAUUUGAACCAUCAGAUACUUUGUUUUAUACAUUGUGUCUAUGGCGGUUUUAUUUACCUAUUUUUGUAUCUAUAUUUAUUAGGCUGUAUUUGCCUUCCUUUGAAUUACUCCCUGUUAACCAGCAUUAGAUCAGUGCGGUCAUGUUCUUAUUUAUGAUUUAAUUCAUUUACACAUAUAUACAAGUUUUAUACUAAUAAAUGUAUAUUUUUAUUUUUUAUAGGUUAUUUUAUUAUAUUUAUGAGCUCACACUCAUUCUUAGUCGCUUGUGGAUGUAUGUCCCCUGGGACGACCACGUCUGGCUGUCUGUCUGUGGGAGUUGUAUGGUGGAUCAGAGGCAAAAUAGCAGCCCCAGGACUGCAAAGUACCCAGGUUCAAAUCCCCUGCUGGGCACUCCUGGGACGACCACGUCUGGCUGUCUGUCUGUCGCGGUGGGGGGCCCGGACUGCUCUGGGAGUCCCAGGCCCCACUUUCCAUUUUUUAUUGGGCAGACUAGAUGGGCCGAAUGGUUCUUAUCUGCCGUCACAUUGCAAAUCUAAAUAAAUACACCUUCCAUAUCAAAUAACUCCGUCCAUUCAGGUCUCCCAGGUGCAGAGGGAUGAGUGUUGCAGUUUGUUGCACAAGAACCGGUUUAGGUGUAUCUGUUACUCCAUCUUCUUUCUGCAUACUCCUAUAUCCCCAUUCUCACCCUCUGGAGAAAUCGUUAAACAAAUGUUGCGUGAGCCCUGUUAGUCGUUUCAUUUCCUGGUGAAUCUGAUCUAAGAUUGAUGGUAAGUUUACUCCCAUUGCAUGAGUAAUGACCAGAAAUUGUUUGAUAAAGUAGCGUGAAAUUUAUUUAUGGUAUACCUUUGGCAGUCUUUUUGCAGCUAUGCCAAAUGUAAUUUUUUAAAUUUAUUUUUUGCUUAAUGCCAGACUGUCAUUGCAACCCUUUAAGGAUGGAGGCAAUUUUACAAGUUCUGAACCAAAACAAAACCUGGAAUUUGAGCUAUGUCUGUUCAACCAUAAUUCACCUCUUUCAUAUUCAGUGCACCCACACUUAUUAUAUAUAAUUUUAUUCAGGAGAAAUAAUGUUUUCAUUUAACAUCAAAUAUUUAUGUAUACAUAUUUAUUUAGAAAGGGCUGCCCUUAGGCAGCAUUGGUGUCAUGCUGAUAAUCUAGCUAUGUAGUGUGGCUGCACGGCACCCUCCACCGGUGUCUAUAAGAUCUAAUAAGGCAGUGGGAAUGAGCUAAACGAGCAGUGGGGCAGAGCUAAAUGGGCAGGGGAAGAGGAGUAAAAUGCUGUCUGAACCAGCUGCCUUGUAACUUAUGCACACUGAAGGGGAGCAGGAAGGAGCUUUCCAAACAACUAGGCUCAAGGAACUGCAGUGCCCUUCUCCCCCCUCCAGCUCAUCAUUGAAAGCUGUAACUCUCUGCGUGUGUGACUGUGCAUGUGGCUGUAUUUGACAGUCGGUGGUUAUAACUGUGUGCAUCUGACUGUGGAACUGUGUGCAUGUGACUCUGCAAAAAUGCAUACCUGCAUUUACACAUAGGCCAACAUGCAUAUUUUUAUCUGAAUCAAAUACCCAUCACACAUCGCCAAUAAACCCAGCACAAACCUCACACACAGCCUGUACAUCCAUUACAAAUACCACACACAGUUGUCAUGUCUAUAACACACAGACAACACACACAUUGCAUCAUAUUAUGAGAUUUAUUAUACUGGAGCUCUGGCAUACAAAAUGUACAUUACAAUGUUUUAUAGUUGGGGAGCUCUGUUAUAUGCCAAUAGGCACAUUACUGGGAUUUGUAUUGUUGUGGAGCUCUGUGACACUCAUACACUGCACAUUACUUUGAGUUUUAUUGUUGUAGAGUUCAAUGAUAAACUGGUACACACCACAUAGUACUGUGAGGGCAUUUUAAAAAGGUAUGACCAGGGAGAAGUGCUGUGAAAUUUUUUCGCACAGGGCGCCUAAAUGCCGACCCUGUAUAUGAACCUAAUUUGAAAUGAAUGAAGAACUUUUAUUUUACAAGUUCUGCAUGACUUUAACGGUGAAUGUCAUAAUACUGUUUUUUACUGCAAUAAGAAUAAAAUAUUUUUGUUCAGCAAUGUCUCACGAGUAUAACAGUGUCCCCAUAUACAGGUUUUUGUGCGGUUUUGGAAAGUUACAGGGCUUACCCCUUUUCAGUUUAUAUAUAUAUAUAUAUAUUGAAAUUUGCCAGAUUGGUUUGCUGGGCCUAUGUUGCCUUUGAGCUCGCAUGACAGCCUAGGAAUGACAUUUUUCACCAUCAUUGCAUAACAUUUACAAAAGAAGGAAACCCAGAGUAUUUAAAAUGGGAUUUUAUGAAUUAUUUGUUGGAGGAUCUACCUGACAAAGUAAAACCACACUAAACUAAACUAAUCCUUGAUAAUUCCCAUGUGUAAGUAACACUUAGGUAGUGUCAUGAUAAUAUGUGAAUGUGUAUUUUUACUGUUCAAUUGUAUUAUUAUAACUAUUGUUUGAUUCCUUGCAGCAUGUAAUAAAAAUAUUUUUUGUUUGGUUUUUUAAAAGAAGUAGAUGUAGAAAUACCAGAAAUGCUUUCCCCUACAUUCCUCUGCCAUAUUCAUGCACCUUCUGUUGGAUUGAGGUACAAUCCGACCUUAAGGUUCCUGCUUCACUCCCUUCUUUAGAGUGGUGACAUCAGCCAUCGCUCUGUGUGGUCUGCUAAGCAGGGCAGAGCAAAGCAGUGCCUGGUCAGAAAUCCAACAAUUGGCAGUUCUCAUAUUUACUAAAGCCAAAUGGUUGGGAAUUCAGUCAGUCUGACCGAUUCUGUAACAUUCGGAUGAGGAAAUUACAGAUUCACUGAACUCAUCCUAACAAAUCGAGUACACCGGAAUCGCAAACUAGAAUUCACUUGCUAUUUGCAGCACUAGUAGCCAGCAGGCAAAUAGUUUCAAAAAAACAAACAAACAAACAAAAAAACCUUCAGCAGCAAGAGGGUUUAUUAUGUGGUGACUGACCAUGGGAUGGGCCUGAGAAAUAAAAAGGCCCCAAUUAAAAUAAAAAUACCCCAUCCCCAAAAAAUCAGCUGUACAAAUAAAACCACACCAAAACAAAGAAUAAUCAAUUUUCACCCACGAAGGGCUCGUCGCAGAAUGAGUGCUCUUAGACGGGAAAGCCCUUAGGGACACUAUAGUCACCAGAAAAACUACAGCUUAUUGAAUUUGUUCUGGUGAGUAGAAUCAUUACCUUCAGGCUUUUUGCUGUAAACACUAUCUUUUCAGAGAAAAUGCAGUGUUUACAUUACAGCUUAGUGAUAACUUCACUAGCCACUCCUCAGAUGGCUGUUAGAGAUCCUUCCUAGGUCAUGGCUGCCUAAAAUGCAUCCAAACAUUCAGUAUCUUCCCCCCUCUGCAUGCAGACACUGAACUUUCCUCAUAGAGCUUCAUUGAUUCAAUUCAUCUCUAUGAGGAGAUGCUGAUUGGCCAGGGCUGUGUUUGAAUUGUGCUGGCUCUGCCCCUGAUCUGCCUCUUUCUCAGUCUCAGCCAAUCCUAUGGGGAAGCAUUGUGAUUGGAUCAGGCCACCACUUCUGCUGAUGUCAGCAGGAAGGUCUAAAGGAAACGGGCACAAAGCAUGCAGCUGCAGACUUGAAUACAAGUAAGCGUAUAGAAAGGGGGAAAAAAUUAUAAUAAAUUCCUAAGCAUGCCUCUUAGAUGGGGGGUAACCCCUGUGAUAGAAUGAAACAAAAAGGAAAAGAAAGCAGAAGAUGCAAUGUCUGGUACUGCAAUAAUGGAAUGCUAAAGAAAAUUCUUAUAAUAAAACUUAACUUUUAAUAAAAACUAUUCACUAAAAAGUCUCAAAAGACAAAAAUAUAUAUAUAUAAAUAUACAAAUAUAAUAGUACUAUUAAAAUCUACAUAAGAGUAGCAAAGCCUGGUCCACACUAUAAAGUAGAUGGUAAAUACCCCCAAAAAAGGUCUAAAGCAGAUCACUUAAAAAGUAUCAAUAUUAAGUCGAGUAACAAAGUGACUGCUUUUGGAAAUAGGUGAUCGAUACUUUAUAUGUAAACUCUGGCUAGAUUGACACAACACUAUGACUCAUGACUCUCAGGCAUGUAGCCAAAGAAAAAGAAAAAUAACCAAAAUAACUAGGCACAUGGCCAAAAUAAAUUAACAAAAAAGAUGUAACAAAAAUUGCUGAUGGGCUAGUAAUUGGAUAAUUUGGCUAAUGGUAGAACUUAUAUAUUAGGGUGUAAGGGAGGGGGGAGAGAGAUACAACUGUCCCUAUUGUGCCUUCGAGGGCACCCUGAAGGCACAACAUGAGCACAGUAUAUCUGAGCAAAGAGUCAAGGGUCAAUUGAGUUUAAAUAAGGAUAAGAGGCAUGUCCACUUACUGUAGCUCCACCCUCCUGUACACCCUCAUCAGACUUUCAUCCACUGAGGCUCCUCCUUCCGAACAGCCGGGUUCUGGAAGCGGCUUGUUUAGAUGAACACAAGCGGCCAGCAGUGAUGGUCAGGCUGGCCGCACUGCACAGAGGGUCGCACUCCAGCGCGACAUCUCCGUCAUAGGCGUGCGCACGGGGUGUGCCAAGUGUGCCUGGGCACAUCAAAAAAUCUCCCCUGCCGGCUCAAGCACAGCAAAUUGGCCCCCGAGAGAGGCUCUGAAGAGCUCCGUUCCGUUUGGCUAUGGAGCAAAGGGCCUCCAGACUGCGCGCAGGGCAGCCCUCUUGCGAUCUCUGAUAUUUUCAGAGCGUUGCUGUGGUAACCUGCGGCAACGCUCUGAAACUUCAGCUCUCGCGAGAGUAAGGCAUGGUCUGUACCCUGCGGAGGUACAGACCAAAUCACUAGCCCACUGGAUCACCAGGGAUGAUCAGCAGCAUGCUCCCUCUUCCCCCUGCAAAGGUAAUAAGAGAAAAGGGGAGUAAAUGUGUAGGUUGUGGUUUUAUUUUAAUUUUUUUAUUUUUUUUUUUUAUAAUUCUUUAUUUUUCUUUGUGCACGUAAGAACAAGUAACAGUUAGUCUUGCAGUGCCACAUCAGCGCCUGCAGGCUCAUCUUAGACAUUAAGACAAUAUGGCAUGCGAUUAAACAGCACAUUUUUUGUUAUUUAAUCAUGCUAAUUUAUCAUGCUAUAUAUAUGAAAGGUAUAGUAGUGCAAGAACUACGUUUCUUUCUGUUUUUUUUUUUUUUGCAUAUAGGUUUAACAGACAUGCUUGUGGUACCCCAAAGGCAUUCCACUCACCUAUAACACCAAUAACAUUUGUAACAGUGGGGUAUACAGUGUCACUGGAACUUUUUGUGUUUAAAGUGAGGGUAUGUAAUAACAAAACAUGAGUACAUCAAGUUAAUCUUUGUCAAGGUGACCUCCAGCGCUUACUAAGCAAUGUGCAUUUACGCUUCCUGCGCAUUCUAGACAUUAUACAUGGAAACACAUACUAGUCAUUGUGCUCUUAUGCUCGCUAUCCAUGCUUAACAUUAACGUUUAACCUUUUGUAAAUUCUAGACAUUCUACUUUUUAAACUUGUUGAAUUCUUUUGCUUGUAUUAAGGGGGGCCACCGCAUAGUCUGGAGCUCUUUACUACGAGGUUACUUAGGGUCAGAAGCUGGGUGUGUAGUUAGUGAGCUUAUAUUUAUAACAGACAUGUGCACAGCGGUUUUUAGAAAACAAAUAGCUUAGCUAGGGUGGUCUGUCAAAUAAGAUAAAGUAAAGUAGAUUAAAUCAAAAUAAAGUAAAGCAGAGUAGAGUACCACCAGGCAGAUUUCGGCACGUUGGGUCAUCGUUUGCAAAAGUCAGGGUGGUGACGGCCGUUAUGUAUUGCCAGUUUGAGUGUGACCUUACUGACUUAGGUGUCCGUGUAGCGGUGAGUGCCGCCAGAGUGUCUGUUGGUGGGGGUGUCUGCGGUGAGUUCUGUGGCUUGUGCCCUUCGUGUAUUCCGUCGUGAGGAGUUGGAGCUGCCGACAGGUCGUGUUGUGGAUGCUGUUGCUGGGCAUGCUCUUCUUGCACAUGGGGAUAUACCCUGAAGGUCGCCCAGGGUCCGCUGGGUCCCAACGGCCCGCUACAGAGCAUAGUGUCUGGGGGUCGGUGUGGUCAUAUUACCCGGUCGUGAGGUGAGUACGAGUGUUGAGCUGCGCAGAGCUCAUUAUCCGGGUGUGGGUACCGGUAUUGUUGUGCUUUCAUGAGUGGAUCGCUUUUCCGGGCCUUUCCCCAGUGAGAGUCUGCGGAUUUGGUGGCAGGAGGCUGAGGUAAGGCGUUUUCAAGUGGGGCAUAUAUUGGGCUUGUCGCGUGAAUGGGCGGUAGGUUUGUGGAUUGCCGUCUUCCCCUCUUUACCACCUUUGCUGUCGAGGGAUGUGCAUGGAUUCGGCUGCGUGGUGUGUGAGGUCUUCCUCAACGCAAGGUAGUUACAUUGCUUUCGGCCAUUUUCUUAGGGCCGCAUGGUGGCUGUCGGCUGUCGUCGUCGAGCCGCCCAGGAGUGCCUUGAAGGUGUUUACUUGCCUGGUGGAGACCGGGAUAACCCCCACCGGUCCAAAGGGGGGGUGAACGGGGCCGGGAGGGCUCCAGCCGCGCUGUGGGUCUCUUUAGUCAGGGGUGGAAAGUGGGGCAGCGGCCGUCCGCUUCACUCCCCCCCCCCCGGGUAGGCCUCAGUCCCCAAGUCCCAGAGCAUCUCACUGGGACCCAGAGUCACCCGAUUUCAGGUGCUCUAGCUGCACCAGGACACUCCGAGCUCUUGUUCCACGAGUUUCCAGUGUGUUUCAGGCUGAAUUAAGUGGGUAUUUGCCCAAAAUUAGCUGAAUUCCUCAGGAGCCGUGGUGACUUGCAGCCUGCAAGCAUGGCUGCCCGGCCCCGCCCCCCUUUAAUUUUUUUAUUUAAAUAAUGAAACAAUCAAAAUUAAUUAUUUAACCCUAUCCAGCCCUUAUAUACAUAAACUAUACCCCACCACUUACUCACUACACCCUAUAUACACACUGCACCUACACACACUAUACACCUUACAUACACCCCCUGCACCUUCACACUACACCCUAUAUACACACUGCACCUACACACUAUACACCUUAUAUACACCCCCUGCACCUACACACUACACCCUAUAUACACCCCCAUUAUACACACACAACACCCCCUGCACCUACACACUAUACCCCCUAUACAUACACACAACACCCCCUGCACCUACACCCUAUACCCCCAUACAUACACACUACACCCCCUGCACCUACACACUAUACCCCCUGCACCUACACACACACUAUACCCCCUGCACCUACACACUAUACCCCCUAUACAUACACACUACACCCCCUGCGCCAAGACACUAUACCCUCUAUACAUAACACUACACCCCCUGCACCUACACACACUAUAUACACACUACACACUAUACCCCUAUAUACACACUACACCCUCUGCACUCACACACACUCUAUACCCCCUAUACACUGCACUCAAUCACUACACACACCCUAUACUCCCUAUAAACACAUGUAUUACAAUUACACCUCCUGCAUACACACAUACAAAAGCAUUACAUACUCUAUACCCCUAUAAACACCCUACCACUGCAUUCAUACUAUGCCGAUAUACACCUCCUGUGCACCCACCGUACCCCUAUGCAAACACAACUCCCCUAAACACACACUACACCCCCUAUUAUUGCCACACCAAUACACACAUGUGCACAACACCGAUACGCAUACACACAAUGCCACCUCCUGCAACUCCUAGAUACACGAAAUACAGUCCUUACAUGCAAACACAACACACCACUAGGCACACACACUCUAAAGGCCCUAUAAAAACACACACACAUAUAAUAUACAGCCCCAAAACACACCUAUACACUACAGGCCCCAGCUACAUAUUAUACACCACAAACAGACCCUUUUACACUCUACAGCAUAACCGGUCUCCUCUACACACAUGCAAUCACAUAAAAACAUCCAAACACAUAUAACACUGCAGGGAGCAUUCCCACACGUGCAAAACACACUUUAACAAUCCUUUUCCACUUGUGUUCUCCAGUACCCACUACUGGGGACACCAGAGACAAGUCACUAGAACUUUUUCUCCAUCAGAGAGCACUGAAUGCUCUGGUGGGGCAUCAUACGAACAUAACAAUUGGGAGGGUGGGUGGUGCUUGUCAUUGGUGGCGAUAUAACGCACCACAUUUCUGGCCCACCCUUCCUAGUGGGCUGCUCUGCCCUGCUCACCGGUCCACAGGCAGGAGAGGACCCGGGGAGCUCUAGCCAGCAGUUCCGCUGGGUUUCUCUCGCGAGGUCGGAGCGUUGCCGCGGCAAUGCUCAGAUCUCAUGAGAGUGAACUCUAGCCCUGUAGGCUAGAGUUCACUCACACUAGGACCACCAGGGAUCAGGCAUGGCAGCACAGACACACACACUAACAGUGCCCUCACACACACACACAUAUAUAUAUACACAUACCUACAUACAUACAUACAUACAUACAUACAUAUAUACGCGGCGUGUGUGUUUGUGCUUUAGGGUGCACACCCUAAUGCAAUAGGCUGCGCACGCCUAUGAUCUUCGUGAAGGGAGAGGGAGACUCGGUGAGUAUGGGGGCAGAGAUCUGACAAGAAGGGACACCCUGGUCUGCAGGGCGGCCAUCAGAAAUUUUGGGGCCCUUGACACAGCUCAAGGUCUGGGCCCCCCAGGGCCGCCCCACAAGUCCGCCCACUACGGAAUGUGUGUAGUGGAUGUAGAAUGUGUGUAGUAAGUGCAGAGUGCGUGUGUAAAGUGGAUGCAGUGUGUAUAGUGGAUGCAGAUUGUACAGUUGUGUAAUGUAUGAGGUGUAUAUUAGAUGCAGAGUGAGUGGGUGUGUAUAGUGAAUGGGAAAAGUGUUUGUGUAUUGGAUGUAGUGUGUAUAGUGCAUGCAGACUGUGUGUUUGUGCAGUGGAUGUAGGGUGUGUGUGUGCAGGAACGACGCGUCCAUAAGGUGGCACCAUGGCCGUCUUUAUUAUUGAUUGGACCCUGGGCAAAGCAUUUUCUUGGGCCCCCUGGAUCCUGCCCCUCCUCCUCCCUUGCAUGCAAUCACAUCAUCUUCCUUUGCACGCAACCAUCCACCCCAAUGCAGUGGUAGAACUAAAGAAAAGAGGUAAUGGAAGAGAGAAAUCAGUGCUAGAUUGCCACACAAGAAAAUAAUAACAACAAUAAGGCUGCAAUCCUCAAAGGGGAGUCCCCUAUAAUCCCCUAAUGGUAAGAAGAAAUGCAAAAACAGAACAAUAAAAUAAGGUUGCGCCUAAAAUAUACAAUAAAACAUAUAAAAAUUGUAUAUAAUAAAAAAUAGUAAAAUUUAAUAUAAAAUAUUAAAUAUAUUAUUAAAUAAGUAGUUGGCAAUAGUCCAAAACACUUAUCAUAAGUCCGUAAUGGUGGAUGCCACGUAUAAGAACAGGGAUUCUGAGACGUAAAAUAGAGUAUGUCUUCACAGUUGUGUGCUUGAGAUCCAGUGGAACAUAUGCAGAGAAAAGACAAAAAGGAACUCCAAUGGCACAGUAUAUAGAUGAAUAAAAUAGUAUAUUAAAGUAAAAUAGUCUUACUCACACUUUUCAGAGCUAAAACCUAGCUCUGAUAUAGCGCACGUGAAGUGGAAUAAUCCCCACUCAAGGAUAUGCGGAGUAAUAUUUGAUUGAAGAGUAUCUGGCUCAGAUUCGGCGUCCGAAUUGGUGUUAUUCGACCCAGGAAAGAGAAAUAAAAUAUAGUGCUCUCUGUAUAGUAAUUAAAGGUGUAAAAAAGUAUAAAAUAUAUACUACUCACAAUAUAGAGAGCAGACUUGUACUGCCCAAUAUAAGCGCUUGGGUGGUAUGAUCCCCACCUAAGGAUUCUUUACUAUUUUUUAUUUAUUAUAUACAAUUUUUAUAUGUUUUAUUGUAUAUUUUAGGCGCAACCUUAUUUUAUUGUUCUGUUUUUGCAGUUCUUAUUUUAUUGUUCUGUUUUUGCAUUGUAUUGUUCUGUUAUUGUUCUGUUCUAAAGAAAAGAGGUGCAAGAAUUUUUUUUGGCCCCCCUAUUGCAAGGGUGACAAAAAGGUAGAUCACCAUCUGUCGUGCAACUCCAACAAUGCAUUGUCGUCCAACUCCAACAAUGCAUGUUUGCAGGUUUGUAUUUAGCACUGAGCAGUGUUUGUGUGUUUGAAUGUAAUCAUGUUUUUGUAUGGAGUAUGUUUGUGUAAAUAUAGGGAUGUGCUUGUUGUGGUGUUUGUGUUUGAAUGCAAGCAUGUAUUAAUGUGUAGUGUUUGUUUUUGAAUGCAGGAGUGUGUUUAUACAUAAUUUUGAUGUUUAACACAGAUGUGUUUGUAUGUAGUGUUGAUGUUUACACAAAGGAGUGUGUUUGUAUGUAGAGUUGAAGUUUGAAUGCUGGGGUGUAUUUGUGUUGCGUUGGUGUGUGAAUGCUGAGAUGUAUGCACAUAUACACAUACACACACUGAAACACAUGCAGAUACACAGAUAUACACACUGACACACAUGCAAUUAUACAGACACAUAUACACACACUGACACACAGAUACUCAACCUGACACACAUGCAGAUACAGACACACACACACACCGAUAUACACACUGACAUACACACAGAUACACAUACAGCUAAAUGGAAAUACACAUCCUGACACACACAUUGACACACUUGCAGAUACACAGAUACAGACUCCUAUAUCGACAGACAUGCUGACACACAGAUGAAUGCUGACAGACAUACUUCUACAGACACAUACUAAAACACACAGACCUACUGAGACAUGCUGACACACUCACUGACACUGACAUACUGACACAUAUAGACAUACCCACACAUACACUGACAGUCAUACCGACACACACACACAUACUGACAAGCAUUUUGACACACAUUCACAGACAUACUGGCAUACACACCCUGACAGACAUUGACAUAUAUGCACUGACACACACAUACAUACUGACAUACAGACAUAUACUGACACAUUCACAGACACACACAUACUGACAGACUGACAUACAGACAUAUACUGACAGACUGACAUAGUUAUAUACUGACAGACAUUCCCAGACGCACACAAUCUGACAGACAUUCACAGACACACACGCAAAAUGUACACUUUUAAGCCCACCCUCCAGUUUCCUACCUUGGAGAGCUGUGGCUGAAGCUGUUGGGAGAUGGGGUCUGCUCUCCCGGCCUGACCCCCUCCUCUCUGCCUCCUCCGUCUUCCCCGCGCGGCUCAUCUUUGUGGGAGGAAGUGACUCAUGGCCGUCACUUCCUCCCAUGUUGCCGAAAAGCACCACAGCGCACGACCAGGACCCUGCUAACACAAGCCCACCGGGUGGCCCUUAGUGCAAGGGCCUCCUUAUUGUGCGGGUCCCCGGCAGUACUGGCGGGCCUACAGAGGGGGAAAAGAAAUGGUCGAAGGCAGCGGGGCCCAUGGGGCAGAUGCUUCGGGCCUCCCAGGAGUAACUGGGCCCGUUUGACCCAUGUUAAAGACGGCCCUGGGUGGCACAAGUGGCCGCCUUAGGACGGCACAAGCGGCCGCCUUAGGCCGCACCGAGGCACUGGAUUGGAGUGGCCGUCAGGAGGGGGCGCACAGUGCUCCCCCCUGCCAGUCACUCUAUAUAUCAUUUACCCGACCGGACUGAAAGGAAGUGGGGGGACCACUAAAAGAGAAGGGAGAGGAACACUAAGAUGGGGGGACAUUAAGGGGAAUGGGGGGAACUAAGCCAGGUAAGGGGGAGGGAAGAGGACUACUAAGGGACAAGUAGGGGAGGGGUGAAAGACACAGAGAGGCUGAAGAAGAGGAAAAAGACACAGAGGGGCUGAUGGGUUAAGCGACUCUGGUGAAGAUGCUUUUGGGGGGUUUACAAAAUAAUUUUUGCCUGUGUACCAAAAAAUCCUUGCACUGGCCCUGUGUGUGUGUGUGUGUAUAGUGAAUGCAGACUGUGUGUGUAUUAGAUGUGGUGUGUAUAGUGAAUGCAGUGUGUGUGUGGAUGUAGUGUGUGUGUGUGUGUAAAGUGAAUGCAGAAUGCGUCUUUGUGUAAUGCAUGUAGUGUGUGUAUGGUGACUGCAGUGUGUUUGUGUAGUGUGUGUUGUGUAAGGAUGUAGUGUGUGUACAUAGUUGAAAAGAGAUUUGCGUCCAUCAAGUUCAGCCUUCCUCACAUAUGUUUUUGCUGUUGAUCCAAAAGAAGGCAAAAAAACCUAGUCUGAAGCGCUUCCAAUUUUGCAACAAACUAGGAAAAAAUUCCUUCUUGACCCCAAAAUAGCAGUCAGUGUAGUGAAUGCAGAGUGUGUGUUGUGUAUGUAGUGAAUGAAAAGUGCGUGUUUGUGUAAGGAUGUAGUGUGUUUGUGUACUUGUUGUAGUGUCUGAAUAUUGACUGCAUAGUGUGUUUGUGUAGUGGUUGUAGUGUGUAUAGUGAUUGUGUAAGAAUGUAGUGUGUGUAAAUGUAGUAGUAGUAUAGUGUGUAGUGUGUGUAAAUGUAGUAGUAUAGUGUGUAGCGUGUAAAUGUAGUAGUAUAGUGUGUGUAAAUGUAUGAGGCUGCAUAACGUGAGGGGAAAGCCUACAGUAUUUGUUUUGUUUUUCCUUCCAUUAAUUGUAAUAAAUGUUAUUGUAUUCCCCCCUCCCUGCGUCUUACCGGUGGCCAGGGAGGGGAGAGUUUACAUUGGCUGGUGGUCCGGUGGCAUGGUGCGGGCCCCCCGCUACCUGUACUCUGCAGGGGGCCCAGCACACUUGAAAUAUACUUCCCAGCUGCUCUGCUCUGUCUAAGUCACUUAGAGACUUAGACAGAGCAGCUGGGAAGUAUAUUUGAGUGUGCUGGGCCGCCUGUAGAGUACAGGUAGCGGCAGGCCCAAACAUGCACAUAUAUAUAACGUUAAUCGAUAUAUAUUAUAUACGCACAUAGGUAAUGUGGGACCCGGGACUCCAUGAGCCGUCCUGGACCGCCGGGCCCAUGCUACCGUCGUGGUUGUCAUGCCCUGAUGGCGGCCCUGCUGGUCUGUGCGGCUUAGUGGAUAUAAAAAGUUGAAUUUGUGUGUAAAUAACCAUAGACAUUUUAAACCUAAAAUGCUUGUUAAAAUUUACAUUACACUUUAUAAACUAUAAAAUCAGUAUUACAGCAUCUCUUCCCAGAAUGUUUAAUAUUUAUACCUAUAUUAAACAAACAUGUAUUUGUGGAGUGUGGGGAAAAUGGAAUUAUAUGUAGAAAUCCACUUUUAAUCCUGCAACUGGGUUAUUAUAUUCUCUGUUCUUAGCAGUUGGCAGCCAGCACAGAGAAAGCACACAGAAGUGGAGAAAUGAAACAAUAUUUUAAUGCUCCUCCUCUUUAGGAAUGUGUCUUAUCUAUAACGGAUUGGCAUCAUUUGCCAAAUAUUUACUGUAAAUCUAAAAUAAAGUACCAUAGUAUCACAUGUAAAAAGGUGAGCACAAAUUAUAGGUGUUUUUCAGUGUUUUAUUCAAUGGUGCAAUUACCAGAAAAGUGAAAGUCUCUUUUAAAGUGCAUAGAGAAUAAUAUUUAAGUUGUGAUUGUUCCGUGUGUUUGCACAUAACCAGAGACGAUCGUCACAAAUACACUUCUUUCACAUAUGGCUCAGUUUUAACACUCUUCUAAUGUAGACUGCACAACAAGAGGUGAGAUGUUUUUAUAUUCUAAAACAUUGCUCCACAAAACUGCGGGAUAUGUGCAGUAUAUAUGUAAAGUACUGUUGUAUUCUUGAAAGACUUUGAAAAGGCUUUAGAAUGCUAUUUUCUGAAAAGGAGGGGGGGGGGGACCAAACAGAAAACCCAGUGCAAGUUAGUUCUUGCAAUAUACCCCUCCUUCUCCCCCUCCCAAUCAGGAAAUGGAAACCUAGUGUCUCAUUGUGAGAAAGUGAAACUUAUUUUGCAAAUUUGCAGCCAGCCUACUCACCAAUUUUAGAAAGCAUGCUUUCACAUGGCCAUAACCAUUCAGAUGCACCUUGAAAUGAUCAUGAGGAGUCAACCCAAACCUCUAGAUUUGAAAAUCAUUUACAGGAUAGGAGUGGACCAGGAGCCUUAUGUACAGGUAGAAGUUCUGAGAGUUGUUAUCAUUGCUGUGUUUUGUUUUUAAUAUAGAAACCAUAAGCAAGUUCAUUAUUUUAGAUCCUAUACUACAUUGAUGGUUAUUUUAGAUACUAUACUAUGCAGUUUAUUCAGCCUGUGGAUUUUCAUCUCUAUGGAUGUUUUUAUCAAAAAAUAAACUGCCGUGCUACUGGUUCUCUAGAAAUAUUUGCAGUACAUGGAAUUCCUGACUGGCAAUUCUGCCCAAAAUACCUAUCGCUAUAACGUUAAGUACUUUGUUUUUCUUUUGACAUCAGGUUUUUUCCUUUUCUUUGGGGACUAUUACCAUUUUUGUUAGUAUAUUCCUGAAAGCAACACAAGCAAAACGUUGUCACUUGCACUAACACAGUUUAAGGCUUUUAUGUGAGAACUGUUUAUUUUAGACUUGUUACUUGAAGUGAAUGCAUUCCACAUUCUAGUUGGUGUCCUUCCAAGGUUAAAAGAUUGUAAACAUCAGUUUUGUUUAAACUUGUUUCCAAGAUAGGAGCAAAAUCAAUCUGAUUCUGGAUUUGUCUAGUUUAUGCAAUUAAAAGAAAAAGCAUUCCUCCCUUGUCUUAAAUUGGUAGCUGAAAACGACAACACAUAUUUCAUGAUUUAUAAUUUAGGUGUUUUUUUUGUGUACAUGUGUAUGAUGAUUGUCAAUCAACAUAAUUUAUCUCUAUAUAGAUCAUAACCGUAGAAGAGGCGAAGCGUCGGAAGAGCACUUGCAGUUACGAGGAAGAUGAGGAGGAAGACACAGAGGACUUUUUACCUGAUUUAAAACACAAGAGUUUGCUGCUGAAUGAUAUGCAUGUUGAAAAGGUAAAGGCAGUAACUGCACUUAAACAUGACUAGGACAUGUUAAAAAUGUAUACCUUGCCAUGAGACAUUUGUCAUUAACAGUCACGGUUGCUUAUGUGUGCAAUGGCUGUAAGACAUUUUUCCAUAUCAAGUUAGGUUUGCCCAAAACAUCCACUUAGUAAUACAUAAUGCAGAUUAUGUUUAAAAAAAAAAAAAAAAACAAGCAAUGAGGAGGUGAUUUUUUUUAAAUUUAUAAAUUUUUUUACUAUAUUUAAAUUAAAUAUCAUACCACACAUUGAACAUACCAUUUGUGGGUGACUACCAUUCUUGUUAACAAUAUAUACAAGACUACAGAACCAAACCAAACCCAAGGUCUUUCUAAUAAACCAAUCCUGGCUGCAUCUUGUUUUAGUUGGCUCAUCGCUUACCUGCAAGAGUACAGGGUUAUCCUUGGCAUCUGGAGUACAGUACACACAAACAUGGAACCAGCCUGAAGACUCUUUACAGGAAUCUCUCUUGUCUGGACAGCCCCGUUCUUCUAGUUGUUAAAGAUAUGGACAACCAGGUAACUAAAUAUACAUUACAGGUUUUAUGUAUGCAAAUCUGUUACGAUAACUUGUAUUAAAAGGAGAACUCCUCUGUAAUGCUGUAGAAUGUAAAGGGUGAAUCCUGCCACCAUGACUUCAACUUGUAUAAGUGGUCACGGUGUUGAGAAUCUGCGCACAUACAGAUAUCUCUUUGCAUUUGUGCUGGGGGGUUGGUUGCACCCCUUGCACACGUUCCUGGCUGCCUAAUUUCAACUCUGCAAAAUUCAAUUCAAAAUUCAACUCUGCUAUCAUCUGUGUGUGUGUGCUGGUGUUUUAAGUGUAUUCCCUUGUAUGUAGCACCUCCCUCCGCCUCCCUGCAUUGCUUAAGGUACAUUUAUUUGUAAUUGUAUUCUCUUGCUCCCUUGCUCACACCCACUCUCUCCCAGGCCCAGAGAGCUCUAAGCUGGUGAGAACAGUCCAAUCAAAUGCUUCUUACACCAAAACCACUGAUGAGUAUGGUAUUGGUUAUAAUGCCUUGCUUGGACUUUAAGGAGGAAAUAGGCCGGCUUUUAGCGGAAUCUAUCACCAGAAUAAUCAAUACAAAAUGUCUGCACAUGGUGCACACCAUGUUAAAGUCCCUAGUGAUCAUGGCUAAGAGCCUGGGUAACAUGCAUGCAUACUCUGUACUUUGGGCGAACACUUAUCAUUCCUGUCACAGAACUGUGAAUUUUUCAGCCACUAAACUGAUCACAGCUGUAGUUUUAUUGCUAUCCAUUUAUUCAGCAAUUCCACUUAUUACAACUCCAAAUACUGCUGCUGGAGGCUGAACUAGCAAUCAUAUAACUUGUGCUGGAUAGGAAUAAGAUUAGACCCCAUCCAUGUAAGUGCUGCUUGAAUUGGCUGACACUCUCCAUAAUUGAAUUAAGCCCUGCACGGUUUAGUUUAGGAGAGUUAACAGAACCAAGAACCUCCAGCUCUCUAGUGUUAGUGGUGGAGUCUGGGAUCCAGGCCCAACAGAUCUCCGGUAAGAGGACAGACCAUUCAAAAAUGGUUUGACUACUGACAGUGGGUGGUGGGAGUCAGGGUACACAUAUAGUGAGCAGUAUUAGUUAUGGUACUUGUAAUGUUCCCUAAGAAAUGGACAAAUAGUACUUUAUAGUGAGCAUGGAUUGUCCAGAUGUAUAUGGGAACGUUUGGGAAGGAAAUAGAUUCAUCUAAAAGCCUGCCUAUCACCAGAAUAAUCCAUACAAAAUGUGUGCACAUGGUACACAACAUGUUAAAGUCCCUAGCGACCACAUCUAUGCAAUGGUAUAAAUGGUAAAUAUUAUUACAGUAAUUAAUCAGUUACCAGUUGCAAUAAUUUAGCACUAAAACAUCUAUCUAUCUCAUGGUUGCCCUAAAGACUUGUGUUUUUGUCCUCAAAGGUAUUUGGAGCUUACGCUACUCACCCUUUCAGGCUCAGUGAUCACUAUUACGGCACUGGAGAAACGUUCUUGUUCACAUUUAACCCUGAUUUUAAGGUAUGUUUGGUUUUUCACAAUUCACUUGUAUAUUUGAGACUUGUCAGCAGGUUGAUUUUAUUCAGAUUUUCGAAAAAUAUGAUGGAAGUAUUCCAACUAUUUGACCAUUCAAGUAUUGUACAGAUGUUUGGUGUAAAUGUACUUGCUGCAUUUACGCCAUUUGUACGCUCUAUUCAUAGUCACACCGACAAACAUGCCAAUCUGUACCUCUGGUACACCUAUAAUAUGUGACGUAUAGGAAUUUCCUUUUCAAUGACACUUUCAUUCAUUUUAUAUUUUACAUGUUGUCUUAAUUAGGGAUACUUGCAAAGUGUAUAGCAUGCAACAUUUCUGUAAAGGAUUAAUAAAAUAAAUUAAAAACUAAACUUGAGUACAGUAAAUUGAAACUUAACUUUUAGGUAUGCCUCAACAGCAUACUCUGCACAGCAUGUAAUUUUAGCUUGUGUUAGUUAUGUAUCCCAUGUUCUUAAUAUGUUUUCAAACAAAGAAAAUGUAUUAUAAAGUUGGUCGACAAUCAAAAUAGGUCACGUUAGUAAAAUUUAAUAGUGUCAAUUGGAAUUUUUUUACAUUGCCUAAAUGUCCCCAUUUCUUCUUUUUUUUUUCUUGCAGAUCUUCAAGUGGAGUGGGGAAAAUUCUUACUUUAUCAAUGGAGACAUAAGCUCAUUGGAGAUAGGAGGAGGAGGGUAUGUAUAAAUAAAGUACAAAUAGAAUUAAAAAAAAGUCUUAUUCAAUCUCAAAGUGUUUAUAAGCAAAGAGGAGGACGGGUAUUUAUAUGUGAAAUCUAAUUCUACAACAUCUGGGGAGCUACCUUUUGGGCACCCCAGCUUUACACCUAAUAUGUUAAAAUACAACCCUACGAUGAACAACCGUUUACUAACAGACACGGACUCCAAAUAUCAACAGAUAUUAAAUAUGUUUGUCUUCAUUAACUGUGAAUACUACAUUAAGAAGUUGGGUCAUCCAAGGAAAUGUUUGAAAUAGAAUACUUCUUCAUACCAUACCAUACCAGGUUAUCCUUCCAGUUAAACACUGAUACUACCUUAUUGUGGUCAGCUGACGUAUAGUGAAACUGUUCAAAACAGUGGCCAGAGUGUGAAGUGGAACAGACCCUAUACCUGUUCAUGGUACAAGGACAAGUUAAUAGGCCACUUUAGCUGACAUUCUAAGGGGUGCAUAUUUUCAAUGAAAAGCUGUCCCCUACCAAAAUUGUUUCCUUUACCCAGGUCUUUAUCUCUGUUUAAAUCAGCCUUCAUAGAUUGUGGGUGUCAACCGGUGUAUGACCUACCUAGUUAAGCUACAUACCUUAAAAUAUAAUUAACCCCUUAAGAACCAAACUUCUGGAAUAAAAGGGAAUCGUGACAUGUCACACAUGUCAUUUGUCCUUAAGGGGUUAAACUGAUAAAGCCAGCAUAGUGUAGUACUCCAGUACACUAAAACAAAGUAAGAGAAACCGUCUGUUGUGUGUUUCUAUGCCUAUACAGAGUAUUAAAAUACCCCUAAAUAUUUUAUUGAUCUAGUAUUCCCACUUAUUGCUUUUCAGGGGUCGGUUUGGCUUGUGGCUCGACUCUGAUUUGUAUCAUGGACGCAGUAACUCGUGUAGCACUUUCAACAAUGAAACUUUGUCCAAAAAGGAAGACUUUAUUGUGCAAGAUGUGGAAGUGUGGGCAUUUGUAUAAAGUUAAGCCAGUCGCACUGUUGCUUGCAGUAUGAAUGAUCGACCCUGCCAAACACAAAUAUGGUCUGUGCUUUUUCAAGUCAGCGCAACUCUGAAGACGCAAAAAAACAUUUCCUGGGAUUGUUGUCCUUUAACAGUUCUGCAAUGUGGUUACAAAAAAAGUUUCAAGUUCUACACAAGCUGAAUUAAGCCUGCCAUGUGGCUAGAAUAUAUGGCUAGUUACAAAUGCUCAACAUAUAAAUAUUAAUUAAUUUGGGGUCCAGCUACCAAGAUGUUGGGACAUUACACUGAUUAAGCACGAUAUGUACAUCUAUAUAAUGGUCAACCGAUGUUUGAGACUAAGCUGAAUUCAAUCAGCACAGAGACUGGGUAUCUAAUCAUAGUCAAGUUAGUAAUUUUAUCUACAGAAAGGGAGAGGAAAAAAUAACACUUGAAGUGAAGAAAGCUGCCUUUUUUCUUUUUUUUCUUUUUUAAUUUAUUGAAAGUUAAUUGCCAUUUUCUACACACAUUUUAAAAUAUUUUUAAGGUUUUAAUUGUUUUGUAUUUUAGCAUACACAUACCAAAUACAUUUUACCAAUCCAUUUCCCUAUACAAUGCCAUAAGUUACAUGCAACUGGUUUAAGUCAAAUAUUUUAACAUCAACCAUUCCGAAACCAUUUCCUUUGCCUUGUCCUAUCUAUUCAUCCAAGUAAAGCUAAAUACAGUACAAGCAAUUAGUAAGACAUUGUCUAACUGGCUUGCAGAUUGGUAUUAGACCUUUACAUCAGAUAAAGUGAAACCCUAUUUUGAAUAGUUGGAAUACAAUGUGUACUUUUUAUUUUUAUUUUUUAUAAUUGGCUGCAAGAAUGUUGAUAGAGGAGAGUUUGCUAGUUAUCAAGACUUAACCUAGUCAUUGAAGUUUGGUGUUUGUUUUAUGGCGAAGCGCAGGUCGUUUCUGCAAGUGGCUUCAUUCACCUCCACCCCCAUUAUUUUUUUGGACAGGGUUUUAAGUGGUUAAACCAUGUGAUCUGUAUACUAGAUUGGAGAGUAAUGCCCCCCUCUCUCUUCUCCCAAAUGUCUGAACUACUGGUAGGAUUUGCAGUGAAUUGCUCUUGUAAUAAAGUGGAUAUUUUGAACAUGUAAAUGUUUUUUUUCUUUAAUUGUGUUAAUAGAUGGGGCUGUGCCGAUUGGGGUUGUUGUUAUUGGGAGACAAAUACAAUAGAAAGGGACUACGUAUAGGAACACUAAGCACCAAAACAACUUUAGGUUAAUGAUCAUCCCCCUCCAGUCUAACUGCUCACAUCUCUGCCAUUAGGAGUUAAAUGAUUUUGUUCGUGCACCGCUAGUCACACCUCUCUUACAUGUUACCAAUAGUUUUCCUAAACAUUUUCUGCAAAUAUAUUUAAUAUUGGAACUUCCUUUUUUUGCACAGUGUGUUUAAUUUAGAAUUUCUAAUCUCCUGCUUUAAGUCUACAGGAGUUGGUGUGUGAUUUAAAGUUCAAUUAACCUUGCAGAAGAUAAAAUCAUCUCAAGCAAAACAAGUGGUAAUCCAGCUUAUUUUCACAGUUUUGUAUUCUAUGGAUGCCUGUAUAUGAGAAUUGUUUACUACCACUGCAUGUUAUUUAUACUUGCCACUCAAUAAAAAUUGACAAAAAACUACUUUUCAAAUAUA